ACACCAUUGGCCAAUGGUAAUCGGUGAGGGGGCGGGACUACUACUGUCAGGCUGAGCUCGCUUCCACACGGCUGGCAGAUCGGACCGAGAGCGGAGCGGAGAGCAUUGUGGGAGGUAAACCGGGAGACCGCGGAGCAUUGUGGGAGAUUUAUGAUAUAUGAUAUAUAGUAUAGAUACACCGAGCUCUCUAUAGGGAGAUAUAUGAUAUAUAUAAUAUAGAUACACUGAGCUCUGUCUAUAGGGAGAUAUAUGAUAUAUAUAAUAUAGAUACACUGAGCUCUGUCUAUAGGGAGAUAUAUGAUAUAUAUAAUAUAGAUACACCGAGCUCUGUCUAUAGGGAGAUAUAUGAUAUAUAUAAUAUAGAUACACCGAGCUCUGUCUAUAGGGAGAUAUAUGAUAUAUAUAAUAUAGAUACACCGAGCUCUGUCUAUAGGGAGAUAUAUGAUAUAUAUAAUAUAGAUACACCGAGCUCUGUCUAUAGGGAGAUAUAUGAUAUAUAUAAUAUAGAUACACCGAGCUCUGUCUAUAGGGAGAUAUAUGAUAUAUAUAAUAUAGAUACACCGAGCUCUGUCUAUAGGGAGAUAUAUGAUAUAUAUAAUAUAGAUACACCGAGCUCUGUCUAUAGGGAGAUAUAUGAUAUAUAUAAUAUAGAUACACCGAGCUCUGUCUAUAGGGAGAUAUAUGAUAUAUAUAAUAUAGAUACACCGAGCUCUCUAUAGGGAGAUAUAUGAUAUAUAUAAUAUAGAUACACCGAGCUCUCUCUAUAGGGAGAUAUAUGAUAUAUAUAAUAUAGAUACACCGAGCUCUGUCUAUAGGGAGAUAUAUAAUAUAGAUACACCGAGCUCUCUCUAUAGGGAGAUAUAUGAUAUAUAUAAUAUAGAUACAGAGCUCUGUCUAUAGGGAGAUAUAUGAUAUAUAUAAUAUAGAUACACCGAGCUCUCUCUAUAGGGAGAUAUAUGAUAUAUAUAAUAUAGAUACACCGAGCUCUGUCUAUAGGGAGAUAUAUGAUAUAUAUAAUAUAGAUACACCGAGCUCUCUCUAUAGGGAGAUAUAUGAUAUAUAUAAUAUAGAUACACCGAGCUCUGUCUAUGGGGAGAUAUAUGAUAUAUAUAAUAUAGAUACACCGAGCUUCUAUAGGGAGAUAUAUGAUAUAUAUAAUAUAGAUACACCGAGCUCUGUCUAUAGGGAGAUAUAUGAUAUAUAUAUAAUAUAGAUACACCGAGCUCUCUCUAUAGGGAGAUAUAUGAUAUAUAUAUAAUAUAGAUACACCGAGCUCUCUCUAUAGGGAGAUAUAUGAUAUAUAAUAUAGAUACACUGAGCUCUGUCUAUAGGGAGAUCUAUGAUAUAUAUAAUAUAGAUACACUGAGCUCUGUCUAUAGGGAGAUAUAUGAUAUAUAUAAUAUAGAUACACUGAGCUCUGUCUAUAGGGAGAUAUAUGAUAUAUAUAAUAUAGAUACACCGAGCUCUGUCUAUAGGGAGAUAUAUGAUAUAUAUAAUAUAGAUACACCGAGCUCUGUCUAUAGGGAGAUAUAUGAUAUAUAUAAUAUAGAUACACCGAGCUCUCUCUAUAGGGAGAUCUAUGAUAUAUAUAUAAUAUAGAUACACCGAGCUCUGUCUAUAGGGAGAUAUAUGAUAUAUAUAAUAUAGAUACACCGAGCUCUGUCUAUAGGGAGAUAUAGGGAGAUAUAUGAUAUAUAUAAUAUAGAUACACUGAGCUCUGUCUAUAGGGAGAUAUAUGAUAUAUAUAUAAUAUAGAUACACCGAGCUCUGUCUAUAGGGAGAUAUGAUAUAUAUAAUAUAGAUACACUGAGCUCUGUCUAUGGGGAGAUAUAUGAUCUAUAUAAUAUAGAUACACCGAGCUCUCUAUAGGGAGAUAUAUGAUUUAUAUAAUAUAGAUACACUGAGCUCUGUCUAUAGGGAGAUAUAUGAUAUAUAUAAUAUAGAUACACUGAGCUCUGUCUAUAGGGAGAUAUAUGAUAUAUAUAUAAUAUAGAUACACCGAGCUCUGUCUAUAGGGAGAUAUAUGAUAUAUAUAAUAUAGAUACACCGAGCUCUGUCUAUAGGGAGAUAUAUGAUAUAUAUAUAAUAUAGAUACACUGAGCUCUGUCUAUGGGGAGAUAUAUGAUCUAUAUAAUAUAGAUACACCGAGCUCUCUAUAGGGAGAUAUAUGAUUUAUAUAAUAUAGAUACACUGAGCUCUGUCUAUAGGGAGAUAUAUGAUAUAUGUAAUAUAGAUACACCGAGCUCUCUCUAUAGGGAGAUAUAUGAUAUAUAUAAUAUAGAUACACUGAGCUCUGUCUAUAGGGAGAUAUAUGAUAUAUAUAUAGAUACACCGAGCUCUCUAUAGGGAGAUAUAUGAUAUAUAAUAUAGAUACACUGAGCUCUCUCUAUAGGGAGAUAUAUGAUAUAUAUAAUAUAGAUACACUGAGCUCUGUCUAUAGGGAGAUAUAUGAUAUAUAUAAUAUAGAUACACCGAGCUCUCUAUAGGGAGAUAUAUGAUAUAUAUAAUAUAGAUACACCGAGCUCUGUCUAUAGGGAGAUAUAUGAUAUAUAUAAUAUAGAUACACCGAGCUCUGUCUAUAGGGAGAUAUAUGAUAUAUAUAUAUAAUAUAGAUACACUGAGCUCUGUCUAUGGGGAGAUAUAUGAUCUAUAUAAUAUAGAUACACCGAGCUCUCUAUAGGGAGAUAUAUGAUUUAUAUAAUAUAGAUACACUGAGCUCUGUCUAUAGGGAGAUAUAUGAUAUAUGUAAUAUAGAUACACAUUUCUAUAUAGGGAGAUAUAUGAUAUAUAUAAUAUAGAUACACUGAGCUCUGUCUAUAGGAGAUAUAUGAUAUAUAUAAUAUAGAUACACUGAAGCUCUGUCUAUAGGGAGAUAUAUGAUAUAUAUAUAAUAUAGAUACACGAGAAGGCUCUGUCUAUAUAGGGAGAUAUAUGAUAUAUAUAACUCGAAUACACCGAGCUCUCUCUAUAGGGAGAUAUAUGAUAUAUAUAAUAUAGAUACACUGAGCUCUCUAUAGGGAGAUAUAUGAUAUAUAUAAUAUAGAUACACUGAGCUCUGUCUAUAGGGAGAUAUAUGAUAUAUAUAAUAUAGAUACACUGAGCUCUGUCUAUAGGGAGAUAUAUGAUAUAUAUAAUAUAAAUACACUGAGCUCUGUCUAUAGGGAGAUAUAUGAUAUAUAUAAUAUAGAUACACCGAGCUCUGUCUAUAGGGAGAUAUAUGAUAUAUAUAAUAUAGAUACACUGAGCUCUGUCUAUAGGGAGAUAUAUGAUAUAUAUAAUAUAGAUACACCGAGCUCUGUCUAUAGGGAGAUAUAUGAUAUAUAUAAUAUAGAUACACCGAGCUCUGUCUAUAGGGAGAUAUAUGAUAUAUAUAAUAUAGAUACACCGAGCUCUGUCUAUAGGGAGAUAUAUGAUAUAUAUAAUAUAGAUACACCGAGCUCUGUCUAUAGGGAGAUAUAUGAUAUAUAUAAUAUAGAUACACCGAGCUCUCUCUAUAGGGAGAUAUAUGAUAUAUAUAAUAUAGAUACACCGAGCUCUGUCUAUAGGGAGAUAUAUGAUAUAUAUAAUAUAGAUACACCGAGCUCUGUCUAUAGGGAGAUAUAUGAUAUAUAUAAUAUAGAUACACCGAGCUCUCUCUAUAGGGAGAUAUAUGAUAUAUAUAAUAUAGAUACACUGAGCUCUGUCUAUAGGGAGAUAUAUGAUAUAUAUAAUAUAGAUACACCGAGCUCUGUCUAUAGGGAGAUAUAUGAUAUAUAUAAUAUAGAUACACCGAGCUCUGUCUAUAGGGAGAUAUAUGAUAUAUAUAAUAUAGAUACACCGAGCUCUGUCUAUAGGGAGAUAUAUGAUAUAUAUAAUAUAGAUACACCGAGCUCUGUCUAUAGGGAGAUAUAUGAUAUAUAUAAUAUAGAUACACCGAGCUCUGUCUAUAGGGAGAUAUAUGAUAUAUAUAAUAUAGAUACACCGAGCUCUGUCUAUAGGGAGAUAUAUGAUAUAUAUAAUAUAGAUACACCGAGCUCUGUCUAUAGGGAGAUAUAUGAUAUAUAUAAUAUAGAUACACCGAGCUCUGUCUAUAGGGAGAUAUAUGAUAUAUAUAAUAUAGAUACACCGAGCUCUGUCUAUAGGGAGAUAUAUGAUAUAUAUAAUAUAGAUACACCGAGCUCUGUCUAUAGGGAGAUAUAUGAUAUAUAUAAUAUAGAUACACCGAGCUCUGUCUAUAGGGAGAUAUAUGAUAUAUAUAAUAUAGAUACACCGAGCUCUGUCUAUAGGGAGAUAUAUGAUAUAUAUAAUAUAGAUACACCGAGCUCUCUAUAGGGAGAUAUAUGAUAUAUAUAAUAUAGAUACACCGAGCUCUCUCUAUAGGGAGAUAUAUGAUAUAUAUAAUAUAGAUACACCGAGCUCUGUCUAUAGGGAGAUCUAUGAUAUAUAUAAUAUAGAUACACCGAGCUCUGUCUAUAGGGAGAUAUAUGAUAUAUAUAAUAUAGAUACACCGAGCUCUGUCUAUAGGGAGAUAUAUGAUAUAUAUAAUAUAGAUACACUGAGCUCUCUAUAGGGAGAUAUAUGAUAUAUAUAAUAUAGAUACACCGAGCUCUCUCUAUAGGGAGAUAUAUGAUAUAUAUAAUAUAGAUACACCGUGCUCUCUCUAUAGGGAGAUAUAUGAUAUAUAUAAUAUAGAUACACUGAGCUCUCUCUAUAGGGAGAUAUAUGAUAUAUAUAAUAUAGAUACACUGAGCUCUCUCUAUGGGGAGAUAUAUGAUAUAUAUAAUAUAGAUACACCGAGCUCUCUCUAUGGGGAGAUAUAUGAUAUAUAUAAUAUAGAUACACCGAGCUCUGUCUAUAGGGAGAUAUAUGAUAUAUAUAAUAUAGAUACACCGAGCUCUCUCUAUAGGGAGAUAUAUGAAAUAUAUAAUAUAGAUACACCGAGCUCUGUCUAUAGGGAGAUAUAUGAUAUAUAUAAUAUAGAUACACCGAGCUCUCUCUAUAGGGAGAUAUAUGAUAUAUAUAAUAUAGAUACACCGAGCUCUGUCUAUAGGGAGAUAUAUGAUAUAUAUAAUAUAGAUACACCGAGCUCUGUCUAUAGGGAGAUAUAUGAUUUAUAUAAUAUAGAUACACCGAGCUCUCUCUAUAGGGAGAUAUAUGAUAUAUAUAAUAUAGAUACACUGAGCUCUGUCUAUAGGGAGAUAUAUGAUCUAUAUAAUAUAGAUACACUGAGCUCUCUAUAGGGAGAUAUAUGAUCUAUAUAAUAUAGAUACACUGAGCUCUCUAUAGGGAGAUAUAUGAUCUAUAUAAUAUAGAUACACUGAGCUCUGUCUAUAGGGAGAUAUAUGCUAUAUAUAAUAUAGAUACACUGAGCUCUGUCUAUAGGGAGAUAUAUGAUAUAUAUAAUCUAGAUACACCGAGCUCUCUAUAGGGGAUAUAUGAUAUAUCUAAUAUAGAUACACAGAGCUCUCUAUAGGGAGAUAUAUGUUAUAUAUAAUAUAGAUACACUGAGCUCCCUAUAGGGAGAUAUAUGAUAUAUGUAAUGUAGAUACACUGAGCUCUCUAUAGGGAGAUAUAUGAUAUAUGUAAUGUAGAUACACUGAGCUCUCUAUAGGGAGAUGUAUGAUAUAUAUAUCGAUACAAAGGCUUUCUAUAGAGUCCCUCUCUCCUCCCCCCCUCUCUCCUCCCCCCCUCUCUCCUCUCUCUUCUCUCCCCCUUCUCUCCCCUAUCCUCCCUCUCCUCCCUCUCCUCCCCUCUCUCUCCUGUCCCCUUUCCUCUCCCCUCACCUCCCUCUCCUCCCUCAUCCCCCUCUCCUCCCUCAUCCCCCUCUCCCCUCUCCUCCCUCCCCUCUCUCAUCCCUCCCCUUCUCUCUCUCCUCCACCCCUCCCCUUUCUCCCUUCUCUCCUCUCUCUUCUCUCCUCUCUCUCAUCUGUCUCUCCCCUCUCCUCCCUCCCCUCCUCUCCCCUCACCUCCCCUCUCCUCUCCGCUCUCUCCCUUCUUCUCAUUGAGCCCCGUAUAUCUAUAUUGAUAUAUAAUAUAUUGAUGUAUGGGGGCUGUAUAGGGAGAUAUAUUAUAUAUUGAUGUAUGGGGGCUGUAUAGGGAGAUAUAUGUAGAUGUAUGGGGGCUGUAUAGGGAGAUAUAUUAUAUGUAGAUGUAUGGGGGCUGUAUAGGGAGAUAUAUUAUAUGUAGAUGUAUGGGGGUUGUAUAGGGAGAUAUAUUAUAUGUAGAUGUAUGGGGGCUGUAUAGGGAGAUAUAUUAUAUGUAGAUGUAUGGGGGCUGUAUAGGGAGAUAUAUUAUAUGUAGAUGUAUGGGGGCUGUAUAGGGAGAUAUAUUAUAUGUACAUGUAUGGGGGCUGUAUAGGGAGAUAUAUUAUAUAUAGAUGUAUGGGGGCUGUAUAGGGAGAUAUAUUAUAUAUUGAUGUAUGGUUGCUGUAUAGGGCGAUAUAUGUAGAUGUAUGGGGGCUGUAUAGGGAGAUAAAUUAUAUGUAGAUGUAUGGGGGCUGUAUAGGGAGAUAAAUUAUAUGUAGAUGUAUGGGGGUUGUAUAGGGAGAUAUAUUAUGUAUAGGGCGAUAUAAAUUACCCAGGUGAUUCCCAGGAAAAUAUACAAACGAAGCAAAGACAGGGGCACUCUCUCAGUUUUCCAGAAAACCGAGAGUGCCCAUGUCUUUACGUCGUUUGUGGUAUAUAUACACACACACACACCCAUCCACCCACCCACCAUACAGGAGCCACUUGCAAGAAAAACAAAAAUACCUCUGCGUGACCGACAUAAACAAUGUUUUUGUUGUUCUCCAGUCAUUUUUAUCCACAAACCAUGUUCUAUAUAUUUUCACAAAGGACCCCUGAUUGCAGGUCUCCCUUUGAUGUUUUGAUUAUUGCUCUUUUUUAACGAACACCUGACUGCCACUGUUUUAUUGCAACCUUAGAAUGUUUGCCGUCUAUGACUCGGUGUUUUGACCACAAUAGCACCCGUACAUUUUUACUUUUUGGGGGGAUUCACAAGUUGACAAUAUUAUGUCUGAAAUGAUACAGUGUGGCCUGUCUGUGUAACUGUAUUAUUCACACUUUUCCUAAACCUAUACAAGUUGACGUGGCUGGGAACCUUUAAUGUAACCAUAUGUUGGCUUUUCUUUUAGCCGUACAGUGUGACUUUUCAUUGUAACCACAGGAAACACUGUUAUAGGAAAAAGUGUGUGACCACAAUGUGGUUACAAAGACAGAUCAUGUUGGUUGGUUGGUUACAAGCAGGGCUGUGGAAUUUGUACACAGAACGUUCAACUCGGACUCCUCCGUUUGUGGUACCAUGCACUCUAGUAACCCAAAAUUGCCUCUGACCCAAACUUCACUACUGAGACUCUAAAGCAGGGGUGCCCAAAGGUAGAUUCCCAUGAUGCUUUGCAUGCGUUUAGUAUGACAAAGCAUCAUGGAAGCUAUAGUUUUAAAACAUCUGGGGAUCUACCUUUUGGGCACCGCUGCUCUAUAGAAUGAAGUGUGGACAAUAUGUGAAUAAAGAGAAGGGCCCACUGUAUAGAUUCAGGGAAAGUGUCGCCAGUGAAAUUAUGUUUGUCACUCGUUUGACUGUGGCCACACCGUGUAACCCCACUUGUAACCACAUUGCCCACUAUUUUCCUCUAACCAUAUAGUGUGACCUAUCGUAAGCACGUUUCCUGAAACUUUACAUUGUGACCUUAUGUGUGUAACCAAAGAUUGCCCACUAUUUUCCUGUAACUAUACCGUUAUAAAUUUGUCACAUCGUAUUGGAUUUAACACAAAUGGCUUCUUUUUGUGGUUAUUGACGUGGACAAGUUCAUUUUUUGUGGCUGCUAAUUGUAUGAUGCUUGUGGUAUCUGGUGUUUAACUGCAAGAGAUAUGCCUUUUCUGGACCUACUCUAGUGGCAGGCCCCAUGGCAGAUGUUUUACAAAUGGUUGAAUCUUUGUUGUAUAUCAAUAGCUGUUGCUUGUGGCACCUUGUACUUUUGCAGCAAGUGUUAUACCUCAAGCUCUUUGUAUAAUUCACAUGCACAUCUUUCAUUCUGUUUAUAGGUUCAUUAAGUAAUUGGAUCCUUUGCAAACUCUUCUAGAUCGUCCAUAUUCUUGAGUACGAGACUGCCAUGUGCUGUGGAUUUGUAAGUUCAGAACAGCUUCUUCCCAUGAUGGGCUGACUGAGGUGGCUCUCUCUGGAGGAGAAUGACCCACAGGGCUAGCCCGGUGAAAGCAUACGACUUUCUCUUGAAGUUUUUGCUGGUCGGUGAUAGUGAUGUCGGUAAAGGAGAGAUUCUGGCCAGCCUGCAGGACGGAUCCACGGAAUCUCCGUACGGGUACAACAUGGGUACGUGUUUAACUCUGGCUUCCGAAACGUUUGUGAAUUAACGACCACAAUGCUUAGCUUCAUAGGAAAUGUAAUUGGAAACCAGUAUAGAAUAUUUAAUCACUAGUGGCACACAGCUCUCUACGCUUGUUAUAUAACAGAUGUAAAAUUAAAACUCCUAGCUCACCAUAAUACCUUUUUAUUUAUAUCAUGAAUUCUAAAGACGUAUUGACCACAUUACAAUCCUGAAACCAUGUCAGUGGAAUAAUUAUCAUUAUUUAUAAAGAUUCUAUCUAAUAGAUAUUUGUUUAAAGUAAUAUCUCUUCUCAUUUCAAAUGACACGUGCUUAGAUUUGUGGAUCGUGUGCAAUGGAGUUAUACUCGCCUUACGCCUAUGGAGGCCAAAUGGUUAAUUGCGAUACCACUUUAUCUCAGACAACUGCCUGAUCAUGGGUUAUAAAGCUGAAGUGGUUUAGGGGACUUCAGUUUCCCUUUCAAUUAAAACGCUACUUUUUACCGUAUUUUGCCUUCAAUCAUUGUGUGCAUACUACACAUCAAAGACAGUAUACAUUUCAAACGUCUUUUGGAUCUUUGGCAUUUCAUUGGAUUUCCAAGGCAAUAUAUAUAGUUUUUCUUAAGGUUUUUGUCUGUAUGGAAAAACUGAAUUACUGCACCAUUUCAGUGACCGAGAGAGAGAGAUUGCUAACCCAGUAUUUGGUAACCUAAUCCAGCGGUUGCCAAUAUGUAUUUUCCUUUCUAUUGAGCUACAACUCUUGUUGUGCUCACAGGAACGAAUUCUCAUAGAAAAAUAGGAGGCUGUAAGGCUUUAAUGUGAGGAGUAAUGGUGGAUUUUAUUUGUCUCAUGAGCCACGUUUCAGUUGAUUUAUCUUGUCAUUGUUUGUUUAAGUAUUAUCUGCAUUGUGUAUUCAUUAAAUUGUCUUGUAUGACUUUUCAUCAUGUGCAUCUAUAGAUCUUUCUUUUUAUUUAUUUUUUGCAAGACAUAAUGGGCAUUUCAUUUUGUAGGCCCAAAAUAGCAGAAUGGGGGGGGGGAAUUCUAGGUCAGCAAUGUUUUUGGUUAUUUUGACCCCAAAAUUUGGAAUUAUUUUGCUGUUAUUUACCGAAGCUGCAAAGCCGCUCUAAAGGUACACAUUCAUGUUUGACUUGUAUAACAUACUGUCUAACAUUUUGGGUUUUUCAUAGGACAUCUUGGCUUGCAAGCAAGCUAACAUUACAUUGUACAAUUACAUUGGAUUCCAAGGAAUGAUCUUGUACGGGUUAUACUGUUGACUCUGUUAUAUGUCAUCCUUCUACUUGAUGUAGUGUAACAGGUGAAGUUUUAAGAAUUUUCUUAACAUAACUCCGGAUCUAUCUGAGGAUAUACAAUGACCCUCAGAAAGCAAGGAAUCCUCUAUAUCAGAUGUACUGAGGUUAACAUUUUAAUAGAUCAUUUGCACGCUGUUCCUGAGUGCAAUCUAUUCGACCCUUCACUUAGCAGGUGUCACAUUAACCCCUAGUAAAAGAAUGUGGCAAGCAACCUGUAACAGUACCUGCCAAAUGUCAUGUAUUUCCUGCUAUAGUCCCUCGUACAUUCCUGUCUCAGAAUCCUGCUGCUGUAAAAAUCUAGCAAGGUUCCAAGAUUGUUUUUAUUUAAUUUUUUUAAAUCCCAGUUUGCCCCAAUUAACUGUUUAGUAAAAAAAAAAAAAACCUCUCUGUUCCACACUUUACAGGUCAGUGUCUUGUUGAGGAGUGACUAUUCAUGUUUGUUACAAUGAUGGUAGUAUAUUGUAAAAAUAAUCACCGCUUUAGUGUUUAGGCAACACAUUGGUUCACUGUUGAAUUGUCUAUUCAUUUUUUGCAAAAAGAAUAUGAUGAAAUAACUGUUGGGUGUUGUGUAACAUCAUUACUUGAAAACGUGCCAUGUUGUGUAUUUGGAAUGAUGGAAGUAAUGCUAGUUGGGACAUUGUUUAUUACCGGACCUCAUAUGUUUUUAUUUAUUUUUGAGAUUUCAUACGACUGUAAAAAUUAGAUUGUACGCUUGUGGGCUAGCCCCUCCAAAAUGUUUUAUCAUUUUUCCUUGAUCUGUAAAGCGCGGCGAAAUAUGUUGGCACGAUAUCAUCAUCAUUUAUAGUAAUUAAUAUGUUAAAGGCACUCUUCAAGCACCAUAACCACUCAAGUGCACUGUAGUGGUUAUGGUGCCACAAGUACCCUGCAGCCCCCUAUUGUAACUAGACAGACUUGUUUUGGAACGGUUUGACUUCUUAGGGGACUGCCAGAUGCAGCUCAGCUACUUCAGACAGACUUCUGGAUAGAGAGCUUGUUGGUUACGGUGCUUGAAGUGUUAAUUUCAUUUUGUUUAGUUAAUAGGCCCCCAAUGUAACCUGCUCUGAAUUAAAUGUUGGAAUUAUGGAACUGAUCACCUUGCUGAUUUCUCAGGCAGACAGAUCUAUUUAGGAGACAUCCUGUUUUUUCCUAAUUAUGUAAUGGGGAGUGGGGGAGUUACCUAGUGGUGAGUGUCUGCCUGCAUCAGGGCAUAUUUCAAUGUUUACUCCUAUGGGAUUCCAUAUCAUCACAAAGAUUUUGGCUAGUUAAUUCCUCUUCGUCAAAUAAAGUGGCUCUGUCAUCGUCUGGGUUCUUAGCAGAAUUUGAAAAGGCUGUUUGGCGUAGGAGAAGGUGCGUUAUACAUACAUAAACCUGUCCAUCGUGGCCACUGUCAUGGUCUUAUUGCUUUUUUUUAUUUUUUUUUUAUCACCUAGCCAUUCAGAUGGCAGGAGCCCACAUCAUUGUUGUACUCUUGCAAAUGCACCUCCAUAGACAGAGCCCUUUUCAUUUGGAGGGGAAGUGACAAAACUUGACAAAGGUAGCUCCACCUUUUGUCAAGCAGAUUUCAAAUACAAAGCCAAAGUAGUCCCUAUUUUGUCUCGGUAUAUCUUUUGAGGGCGUUGGAAUGUUUGUGAGAUUCCAACACCGUCAAUAUAAGUCAAAUGAAAAACUCAUUUUGGAGAGGUGACAAAAUGCUAAUUUUGAUCUGUUCGUGGCUCGAUGUUCUUACCCCAUCAGAUGCACAUGGAACAAGUCUGACCUUUUUAUAAAUUGAUUCCUUGCUGUUGUAACAGACUGCUGUGUGCACAGAAUUUCUAAAGCCAUCAGAACGUUAGACAGAUUAUUAAAAUGUGGACAACUGCACAAAAAAACACGUUUUUCAUGUUCCAAUCCCUGAUCUUGUCUGAGUCCUGUAUUGCAGUAUUGUUUGUUAAUGAAAACGCCACUUAAAUCUCCUUUCCUUCCUGUAAAGAUUUAAUUCUGCAUUGUAAGCUCCAACAACACCUUCUUGCUUAAUGUUUAAGACCUUGGCUACUUGUUUCCGUCUACACAUAAUGGUAUUCCCACGGAACCUUGCAUCAUACAGCCGCCUGAUUAAUUUGCCCACAGAAUCUUUUUACUUUCUUUGUAAAUGGGUUAACUUUUGCUUGUACGCAUGCUGCUUGCGGUGAGUGUCUGUCAUUGCAGGAUCUGCCUCAAAAUUUAAGGGUAAUGUUGUUAUUAAAGGCAAGACAUGGUGUGGAAUGUGCAUGCAAUUGAAUAAAACUCACAAGGGAGCUCUAUUCCAGAAGUAGGGCAAGAUAAUAUAGUGACCUACUCCCCCUCCUGUUUCACCUCAUUCUAUAGUCCAGCAACUGCUCUGAAGGCUUUUAAAUAAGUAUACAAUAACAUCCAAAAAUUGCUGUGUGUCCCUGUUGUAUACAGUGUUGCUAUGACCUCAUCAUAGCCGAUAGACUCUCCUUAUUGGUACACACCUAGCGUUUAGCAAUGUUGGCAGCAGAAUAUCUACAGAGUUCCAAAAAUAUCCAAAUGCAUUAUUAGAAAACAAAUUACAAAUUAAAAAUAGUUUUUAGAUUUUAGUAAUUUUGCCUCUUAUUUAUUAUUUUUGAGGCAUGUUAUUUUUCCUUUUUUUUAAUUUAAUUUAUUUUUAUUUUUUUUACACUUGUGUAAGAAAAAGACUAUUUACCUGUCAAAUCUAAACACCUGAAAUUGGAAUAAUUGCACCAUUAUAUUCUGUGAAAAUAUUUUAUUCAUCUGUAAAGACUGUGGUAUGACAGUAAUUUUAAAGAAGCAAUCGAACUGCGUUGCUUACUGUAUCUGGUACACCGGGUUUUUUAUUUAUUUUUUUCUAAUGCAGCUUUGACUUGUAAUUGGCACAACGUGUGAGCCCACAGACCCAUUGGUAUGGCAAUGGUCCUUUUAGUGACCCUCAUGGUGGCCUCCAAAUCCUGCUCGAGUAUAUGUAGUCUCUGUCAUUAGGGUUGGGUGGAAGAGUCCCAUGGCCUGCAGGAAGAGCCCUAUAUAGGGCUAAAGACACAGGGACUAUAUUUAUAUAGGGGGUGCACAGUUGUGUUGGUAGUGCUGUGGGAACAAGAGACUUUUUUAUAAAAAUGCGGAAAUAGAUUUAAACAUUUAAUAAAAGGACAUGAAAUGCUUUGAUGUCCCUCAUGGAAUUAUAUUCUGCUUUAUUUCAUUUAAAGAUCUCAGAAUGUGAACAAAUAUGUUAUCUUUGCUAAACAUUGAAUAAUUCAUUUGUCCGUGAGAUUCGAUCUAUGUGUGGUUUUACUACUUGCAUGUCCGGACGUGUCGCUGAGACAUGAUUUAGGAAGUUGGAAAUCCGUGAAUCCUUACAGAGGUACAUCUUUCAGAAUUACCAUCAACCUCGACUGCUCCAAAUUACCAGCCGGCAUUUACUUUGUGAAUAGCGCCAAUCUAUAAACGCAGCAAUAAUUCUUUAUCAGUUUUCUCCUUAUGUUUUAAUAUAGACUGUAAGCUUGUUUGAGCAGGGUCCUCUUCAACCUAUUCCUGUAGGUUUUCUUGUAAUUGUCCUAUUUAUAGUUAAAUCCCCCCUCUUAUAAUAUUGUAAAGCGCUACGGAAUCUGUUGGCGCUAUAUAAAUGGCAAUAAUAUGUCUUUGUGAGAGUCAGCUCAACUGAUCAGUAGAUGUUUCAGGUUAGUAGUUGAAAUAUUUACAGAUGCUUUGAUCCAAAGCAUCAUGGGUGUUGCGAGACUACCUAUGUGGUAACAAUUAUUUGUAAUCUUUUUUUCGCAACAUGUUUAAAACAAAAUAAUUACUGAAGUGUCGUUGUCAAAGCUUUUAACGUCUUCAGUUCUUACUGAAAAUAUAAAUAAUUCUUUCAAUUUUAUAAAUCUCUUUCUCUUAAUGCAGAUAUAGCAACUCUCUAUAGCUUGCCUUCUAACACAUGGUCAUAAUAAAUGUGUGCUUUAUAGUUAAUAAUUUCCUAUUGUCAUUUAACAAAACUAUCGUUAAAUUAAACUGCCCAGAGGCUUUGUAAUGAAAUAAGCAUUAUUUUUCCCUCUAAUUUUUCAGUAAUUCUACAUCCUAGAUAUCUGAUUAAAUCACAGUCUGGCGAACAGAUAUUUGCCAUUAGAAAUUAGUUUAAGAUGUACCAUAUAUACUCAAGUAUAAACCGACCAGAAUAUAAGCCGAGGCCCCUAAUUUUACCACAAAAAACUGGGAAAACUUAAUGACUCGAGUAUAAGCCUAGGGUGGGAAAUGCAGCAGCUACUGGUAAAUUUCUGAAUAAAAUUAGAUCCCAAUAAAAUUACAUUAAUUGAAUAUUUAUUUACAGCGUGUGUAUAGAAUUAAUGCAGUGUGUGUGUGUUGUGUGUGUGUAUAUAUAAUGCAGUGUGUGUGUUUGUGCAGUGUCUGUAAACUGGGUGAGGGGAGGGCAUUUUUAUUUUUAUUUUUUUUAUUGUAAUAUUAUAUUAUUUUAAUAAUAUUAUUACUAUUAUUAUUUUAAUAUUUUUUUGUCCCCCCUCCCUGGCCAGGCAACAAGCAGGGAGGGGGGACAAAAAACCAUUUAAAAAAAAUAAAUAAUGCAAAUAUUAAAAUAAUAAUAUAAUAAUAAUAUAAUAUUAUUAAAAUAAUAAUAUAAUAAUAUUAAAAUAAUAUUGAAUCCCUGGUGGUCCAGUGGCAUUGGCUGUUCAGUGGGGGGUCGCUGUCAGCCCCCAACAGGACCGCCGGGAUUGUAAUGAGCCCGGCGGUCCUGGUCUGCAGGCCCGGUCUGGCCAUCGGGCAUACCGGGCAAAUGCCCGGUGGGCCGCGAUGGCCGUGGGGCCAAGGCCGGCAGGGAGGAGAUCACAGGAUCUCCCUUGCCAGCCUGUGCAGGGCCAGCGCUAUCCGAGCGCCGGCCCUGCUGUGUGCCUCCAUGGGCCGGUGGGGAGAUCAAAGAUCUCCCUCACCGGCCCACAGACAGGGAGAUGCGGCCGCCGGCUGGGGAGUGAGGGAGGGAGGCAGGAGAGAGGACCGGCGGAGCUCUAACAAGCAGCUCCGCCGGGUCUUCUCGCGGGAUUCUGAGCGUUGCCGCGGUUACCACGGCAACGCUCAGAUCUCGCGAGAGUGAACUCUAACCUGUAGGCUAGAGUUCACUCUCACCACUGGACCACUAGGGAAGCAUGACAGCAUGCCCCCCCCUCCCAUGGCAACACGGCUACCCCCCUCCCAGGCUAAAGGUAAGAAGGGUACAUAACUUUUUAAUUAAUUAUUAAAAAUAUAUAUAUUUUAAAUAAUUCCCUAACAGCCCCCCAGACACACACACAGCCCCCCAGACACACACACAGCCCCCCCAGACACACACACAGCCCCCUAGACACACACACAGCCCCCAGACACACACACACACACACAGCCCCCCAGACACACACACACACAGCCCCCCACACACACACACACACACAGCCCCCAGACCACACACACACACACACACAGCCCCCUAGACACACACACACAGCCCCCAGACACACACACACAGCCCCCCAGACACACACACACACACAGCCUCCCAGACACACACACACAGCCCCCCCCAGACACACACACACAGCCCCCCAGACACACACACACACAGCCCCCAGACACACACACCCCCCAGACACACACACAGCCCCUAGACACACACACACAGCCUCCAGACACACACACACACAGCCCCCUAGACACACACACAGCCCCCCAGACACACACACACACACACACAGCCCCCCCCAGACACACACACACACACACACAGCACACCCAGACAGACAGCACCCUCACUCCCACACAUAUACAGCACAUAUAUAUUAUAUAAAAUAACCUUCAAUGAGUUAACAGACAAAUAAAAUUAGAAACCCAGAAUGUGACGGCAGAUAAAAACACCCUCACACACAGCACUCCUCUUACACAAACACGCUGCGCACCUCACACGUACAAUACGUCCAAAUAUAUUUUUAUAUAUAUAUAUACACACACACACACACUACAGCACCCCUCACACUGCACCACUACACACAUUACGCUCCAGAUACAAGCUAGAUCCCUUACCCUAUAUGCACUCUUAAUCCUCUACACACACACACACACACACACACACACAAUCUUCUAUACACACUCUGGGUCCUUUACACACUAGAUUUCUUACACAAACACUACAUUCCUUGUAAGCAAACACAUACAACAUUCUCUAAACACACCCUCUCUACAACCCCUACACACACUACGUCACCUAUACACACACACACACUACUGCCCGUAUGCACACACUCGCUACAUCCCCUAUAACACUAUGCUCCUAUACACGCACUCUCUACAGCCCCUAGCCACACAUAUUACACCCCAAAAUGGACCUAUUUACACAAUACCACACCACACUCUACACACAGGCAAUCCCACAAGCAUGCGCCAAACACAUGCACCAUACACUUUCCUGGCCCUUUUGUCCUCUGGUAUCAGAAACCAGAGACAAUUUAAAAGCAAACACAGCGCAAGCAUGUUAUUACAUUUGCUUGCGCUGCGCAGAACAAAUACAGGGCCUUUUUCUAAUGCUAGAGCUCUUCAACGGGGCAUGCUCACUUUCAGAGGGGGUGUACUUGUCAUUAGUGAUGACAAAACACACGCCCCCUUCUUGGGGGGCCGCUCUAAUUGAAAAAUGCCCGGGCCUAAUAUUUUUCCCAGUCCGGCCCUGCUGGUCUGUGUUAUGGCAAUAUAAGUUGCCAUAAUACAGACCUUGACUCGAGUAUAAGCCGAGUGGGGGUUUUUCAGUACAAAACUCGAGUAUAUACGGUACAUUUUCCAUACAGUUCUUCACACCAUGUGGAACAGGAUGCCACAGUAAAUGUGCAUGCAAGAUAAAUUAUUCAUGUUAGUAAAAAGUGGAACUAUUAAAUGUAUUAGAUCUUUAACAAAAUUCUAAAAAUAUUUUUAACCUGUAAAAUUCUUUAAUAUGGUUUGAAAUAGUGUCUGAGCGUGUACACGUUUGCAGUGAUGCAUUGAUGACAUCACUCAUUCCCCAAAGCAUUGUAAAGUUUACAAGACUUACUCGUGCUUUGUCCCGCACUCCUUGCCCCAGUAUCAAUAUUCGCUUAAUAUUGGUAAUUAGGGGGGAAUUAUUGAAGAAUUGUUCAUUUUAGAGACUUGGCAUUUCCACUUCUAAGGGGGUCCAUUGAUUAUCUAGAAAUUACACCAAUGAAUAAAGCCAUUGCAAAUGACAUAUAACUUGUGUUAACAUGAUGUGUUUUUAAAUGCUCCGUUUUCAUUUCAAUUUCUAUUAAAGAUUUAGAAACUGACAUUACAGUUCGGUCCAGGCACAGACAAACCUGACUUUGCAAAUGUUAAGGAGAAAGAGAAACGUUAGAAGGGGUUACUAAAUGAAUUUUAAAUUCAAAGGCUAAAAUAGAUGAAUUGUGGGAAAAAGUCGACCAUACCAGUUUGGUUAUUUUAGUCUGAAAUGUUAAAGUUCUCUUUGAAUUUCCAACAGUUCUCACUUUAGCGAAUGCUUCUCUAUGAGAAGCGUUUGGUCUUCGCAAGGCCCUUCUGUUAGAUGCGUAAAAGACGUCCUUGCACCAUAACCUAUUAAGAGAUUACAGGUUAUUGUGGCGUCUUUAGAUGGAACGUACACUUUCAAAUGUUUCCUAGUGAAUCACCUGCUAAUUUAUAAUCGUAACAUAUUCGCACUGCAUUCUAAAGACUAAUACCCUUCAUAACUCCCUUGACAGGUUUAACUUGUAUUUUAAUUUUUUAUGACUUGGCAGCAAACAAGCCAAUUUUCCCUAAAUAUGUAUUACUCAUAAAUGGAGUCUAAUUUCUGGAGUGGCCCGACUGGUGUCAUCUUCCGUUCUCUGGGUUCUGCGCUGGGAGAUUGUUGCUGUGCCUACCUGUGUGGAGAUGCGAUUGCAUGGGGUUUGCAGUAUACAUAAAAACUGUUGCUAAACUUAGGGUGUGGCUGCAUCGCUUGUGAAUUCCUUUUGGCCAGAGCGACUGGGGAAAUGGAUCUUUCGUUGUAAUGUAAACAGCUCAACAUACCAGGCUAAUGUUCUGUAUCAAGGGCGUGCGUACACUCCACUUUCCACACUUUGCGCUUAAUACACGGAUACAUAAUCUGUCCCUCAGUAAAGGUCAUCUCCAGACUGGAUUUCACACGAGUUAUGUGUUUUUAUUUUUUGUAACAGAAGUAAAAAUGGAGGCAUUCACCUUUUGACGUUGCUGUGCAUAUUAAGAAGUAGCAGCAAGUCUCAGCCAUUUCUAAGCAUCGCAUUGUUUUCAAUGACACCUGAGCAUCUCCUAUUAACCCCUGCUACGAUGUGUAGUUGGGCAGCAGUUUGAAAUAAGGUGAAUGGAAUAUUCUCAAACGGAUACUGAUGCCAGAUGCAUUGUCUGUCAGGUUCACAUGAAAACCAGGGUGAAACGACAAAAGCUUUUUUUUUUGUACAGCUUAUUGUAGUGGUUCUCGUGUAUACAGUAUGUCCCAGCAGGCAUUUUAAUGUAAACACUGCCUUUUCACAGAGAAUGAUGUGUGUACAUUACUGCCUACUAGUAGCAGCACCUACGUUCAGCAUCUCCACGCUCUGCAUAGACGGUGACCAUUCCCCAUAGAGAUGCUUAUAAGCGUAGUGUUUUGCCGAACAUGUGCAGUAGCCCUCCAAUGCUUUUCUAUAGGAAAGCAUUGGAUUGGCUGAAAUCAUUAAAAUUUAUGAUCAGCAGCAAGGAGACUCGCGUGGUGCUGGGGAAAAGUUGAUUAAAUUCACUUUUUCGCAAGGGUCAAGGGAGGACACCUAAAAUUUGUUUUCACACUUAGUGUCAGGAUUACACUUUUGUAUUCCUGACACUAUUGUGUUCCUUUAAACAUAAGUCAACACAAGUUAUAUUGAAAUAUCAACGUUUUAUUAAAUCAUAUGGUAUUAAGUAAGACCUAGCAUCAUUGUGAAUCUCAUGUUCCACAACUUUCAGAAAUAGUAGAGAUGGCGUGCCAAUGCUGGUGUACCCACAUGACCAAUUAGUUGUGCUACACAGUUAUUCAGUCUAUUGGGCGUCUACAUCAAACGUCACUUACAGAAUUAAUUGGCACUUGUGUAGGCUCUGUUUAGGCUGUAUUCCUCCGGGAGCCCUCUGCAAAUGCGUUUAUUUAAGACGUUUAUGGAACACUGUUGGGCUGAGUCCCAGUUGAUUGUAAUGGGGCUUGGUUUUGUGGCUUUUACUUGCAAUUUUAGAGGAAUUUAAACUUUGUAAAUGUCUGUGGUCGUCCUAUUUGGGUUCCAACCAUGCACUGCUCUUGGUAUACUUACUGAGGUCAGCAAUAGGAGUGUCUAAUAGUUUCACACUACACGUUUACCUUUGUAACCGAGGCUGUUUCCCUUAUUUACCACUAUAAUGUCUUAAAACAUAGAACUUAGUAGGGCUAACCAUACAGAUAUCUUAGCCAUAAUUUUAUCUAGUUAAUGUAAGAGAUCCUCUAUUUAACAUAUAUAAAUAAUUGAGAAUACAAUAUAAAAUAAGGGUUGUCUUGGAAGCAAUAAAGUUUUUUGUCUUUUUAGAUAUUUAUUAUAUAAACAUAUAAAUAUAAAAUCCAUUAUAGCAGAGUUUAUAAGAUUAAACUAAAUGCUUGCAAAUAUCAUUAAUAGGUUAACAUACCCUUCUAAACAUGUCAUCAUGUCAGCCUCUCUGUCAUUUUAAGAUGGAGCAGCGUCUGUCUGAGUCUCUCCUCUGUGUCUUAACAUUUAAAAAUACACCUAUUUAUACCUUAGGUGUCUCCAUUUUAGGGUCACCGUAUGAAAAAGUAACACUUCUUUUACUUUAUUCAUUUUAGGACCUCCCUUAACUUGGCAAACAUACAAGGCCAUAACUAAAGGGUGUAUACGUCAUGGAAAUUUUCCUGACUUAGUUUAAGAUGGCAUCUUAUAACUUGGACAUCCUUAUCUACUUAGGGUUACUACAGUAUAUUGUGUACUGCAAAAGUCGUAGUAUAGCCUUGAAGCUUGUUUCUGUAUUAUUGUUAUUGUAAUUCUUCUGGGACAAAAUGGCGCAAACAUAUUAUGCACUGAGGUUAUUGCUUAAAGAAACAGUUAUUAACAAUAUGUUCCAUUUCUUACACCUUGUCAGUUUGCAAUAUCUCUUAAAGACAAAGUACACAGUUUAAGAAAUGCAACAUUUCAUUCUAAAACUUGUAAUAUUUGCAUUUGCCCAUAACACCUUAUUGGAUUAUCUUGUCACAGUUUGACUAACAGCGGAGUAAAUAGUGUGCUGCUGGAUUCUGGGAUCAGAUUGGUUCUGUGUGUGAGGCUCUUAUUGUACAGCCAGCUUCUGGGCAAGUUUUUCUAAAAAUGACCAGAGCUGGGGAGAUGGACCACCACUGGGUGCCGUGUACCUAGCUCAUCUGUAGACUGAUCAUGCUCGUUACUGAGGAUAUAUACAGCAACUGGCUUUCCUCCUGCAAUCAGUGCUACAGUACAUAUUUUGGUUUUCUUGGAGCUUGGAAGCCUGUGAUGAGAAGUGGUAAAAAGCUUGUAAAUCUUCAUGAACCCGGGAUUUUACGAGCAUUGACAAGGCUAUUGCGCAAUUUAUUCCAAACUGGAAAUAUAACUUUCCAGCUAAAAUAUUUUGUCAUAAAUAUGCAAUUCUUUUGUCCGUGCUCAACAAUUCCUAGCUUAUCGAACCACCGUUAAAUUUAUACAGUGAAGAGUUUUAGCUUAGGUUCCAGUUAAGAUCUCCGUUUUAAGCAGAUAUUCGGUACAUGCGAGGCUACAAUCCCCCCUCCUUCCUGAAACCUUGGCACCAUAGAAUUCCUUUGGGGAAGCCUUGACUAUAAAUAGUGUGGAUGAUUGCUGAAAGCAUUGUUUACUUCUCUGUAAUAUUAGCCAGCAGGGCACAUGCUUCUCAUCAGAGGCGGAUCUGUAAUAUAGUAUUUAACUCUGGUAUAUUUAAAGCACUCUUUAAUAGGGCUCCUGUGUGCCAGUGGCAGCAGUGCAUCCCUGCUUCAUGGUAGUACGCUUUGGUUAUCGUGGUCUCCGUGGAGUCGCUGUGUCCUUGAUAACUAAUUUUUCUGUUUCUCCCUGUGAUGAUUCAAGAAGCAAUAUUCAAGAUUACUCUUGUUUAGCUAGCAGCCAAUGGUUUUGUGAAAGGGACACUAUAGCCACUAGAGGGACUUCUGGGUUCUUAAACAACUUUAUGGUCGCUCAAACGCUAUGCAAGAGUACCUGCAGCGUCGCCUGAAUCCCCAUAGGAUAAUGCUUUAAUUUGGGGAGGUCUAAUGCAUGUGCGGCCACUGCUGCGCAUGCUUAUUAGGUCUCCCCCUGCUUGCAGGGGAGGAGCAUGGGCAGAGCCUGACCCAGCUCCAAGGGACAUCGGCGCUGGAUUCAGGUAAGUGUCUGAAAGGGUUUUAACCCCUUCAGCAAAAUAGGAUGGGGGCAGAUGGGAGGGGGGCACUGUAGGAUUCUCUAGUGCCAGGAAAACGGGUUUGUUUUCCUGUCACAGGAGAGUCCUUUUAAUGAAGCAGUUUUGAUGUAUAGAUCAUGCAUCUGGAGUUUUACUGCUCAAUUCUCUGCCAUUUAGGAGUUAAAAUACUUUUGUUUCUGUUUACGCAGCCCUAGCCAACCUCCUCUGGCUGUGAGUGGCACACCCUGCAUGGGAAACAAUGGUUUCAUUUUCUAUCAGAUGUUAACUUGCUUUAGAAGUUUGUAUCUCAUGAUCUGUAAAUUGAACUUUAAUGACACAGAGGAAGCUCCUGCAUGGGCCUAGAAGGCAAUUAACUGAACAGGAGAUGAGGAAUUAUACAUUAAAGGGAUACUGUAGGCACUCAGACCAUUGAAGUGGUCUGGGUGCCAACUCCCAUCACCCUUAACCGUGCAAGUGUAAUUAUUGCUGUUUUUAUAAACUGCAGUAAUUACGUUGCAGGGUUAAGUCCUCUUCCAGUUGCUGUCUGGACAGCAAGUGGACGCCCGCAGCCAUUGCCACACAUGCCGGCGUAGGAGCAUGAGCGGAGCCUGACCCAGCGCAGAGGGACAUCGUCGCUGGAUUCAGCUAAGUGUCUGAAUUGGUUUCAAUCUUGGGGAGCACUCCAAGAUUCUCUAGUGGUAGGAAAACUGGUUUGUUUUCCUGGCACUUUAGAAUCCCUUUAAGCAGAAUGUGCACUAAAGGAAAUAUAAACAGUAGAUCUCUAUUUGAAGGAAGUGUUUUGCAAGGCUUUGUAAGUCACAUGCAGUUAAGAUGUGGCCAAGGCUGCAUAAACAAAGUGAUUUAACUCCUAAAUGGCAGAGAAUUGAGCAGCGAGACUGCAGAUGCAUGAUCUAUGCACCAAAACUGCUUAAUUGAGCUAAAGUUGUUUUGGUGACUAUAGUGUCCCUUUAAGUUCCCUUUUGUGUACAGCCAAUCAAGACCUAUUUAGUUUUAUCUGCGGAACCUGUUUGUGGUCCUGUCAAUUGCGUGUGAUCCUUUAAAGUGACUAUGCCAUGCUAGUCUCCAGUUGAAGGGAGAUUCAAAGCAUCAUAACCCAUGGAACUAAAUUGUGGUUUUGAUGCCAGAAGUCUAAAUGUGGAGGUGCUGGCUAUUUCAGAAUCUUUUAUAGGAUAUUCCCGAAGUCCAUCCAAACCUUACUUUGCAACCUCAGAAUGAAAAAUGUUCCAAGGGCAUUGUGAACCGAAUUGAUAUAACGUUUUGGGGUAACUGUGUUUUUGCAAAAACAUUUCAGUGAGGUAGAAUUGAUGGUAUUACACUUUCCAUCGCUUUUUGAUGCUGACUAGUGAUUAUUUUAACAAAAUUCUGAAUCUAUGCAGUUCUAUUUUAGAUAUGGGUGAUACGACUUAAAGGGACAUUUAACCAAGCUAAAGUGCUUUAGAGGUCUGAUGUAAUAUGUGUGUGUGUGUGUGUGAAGGGUUUGUCUUGUUUUUUAUUUAACAAAAAGUGCAGAAUUGAAUAGAAAUUGGCACUUUUAUAAAUGGUUCUACUACUGCCUGGUUGUUUAGCUCAGUGGAGGAAGACAGUUUGCCUAGAGUACCUGUGUUGCAAAGACUCAUUGAGCUGUAUUGGGAAGUCUGUGAUUGGGCAGCCUCAGAAAGUCUGGGUGGAGUUAGUAGGGGAGGGUUUACAAAGGCAGCAGAAAAGAGAUCUGCAGGUUUUACAAGCAGUUUUUAGGUAUUACACCAAUGGAAAAAAUACAUAAUUAAACGCAUGCAUAAUUUUUUGGAGUACAUGUAUACUAAACAGGGAUUUUUAGAUCUUAAAGUAUUUGGGCAUUUUAAUGUCCCUUUACGUAAUCUCCUAUGUACCUUGAAACAAUGCAUAAUGCUUUCUGCUUGUGCCAUCCAUAUAUUAAUAAUUAUUCUAGGCUACUAAUAUUGCUAUCUAGCUAAAUAUGGAGCAUCCAAUAGCUACGAAGACUUAGAAUGAAUGUAGUGUAACCUGUGCCAUGCUCAUGUUUACUUUGAUGCACAAUUUAGAUAUCUACUCUAGCCCUUUUAAAAUGUUGAAAAUGUUAUUUGUUGCAGCCGAUUUACAGACUUCUGGCUCUCUUUGGCGUUUUUUCUUGUAGGUUAUUGCACGCUUAAUUUAAAGUGUAAUGUAAAGGAAGUGUCCUUGCCUGAAUAAAUGUAACUUACAUGAAGCUGAACGCGUAGAGAAAAGAGCGUGAAAAGACGGCAUUGUGUCGUGUUUUUUUAGGAUGAUGGAUUAAAGUUACUGAAUGCACAAUAAUAAUUAGUUUAUUGUAGUGGUUAUGGUGUGGGGUAAUUAUUCUUUGGGUGCAGCCCUUUUAUUUUUUUUAAAAAACAUUAUUCAAAUGGUUUUAUAAAAUUUACAUCUCCCCUGCCCCCCCCUUCCACUUUAGAAAUUUCUGUUUUGCCCAAACUUACAUGGAUUGUAUUGGCUGAGAGCAUCAGUGGACAUUGUCAGGAAAUGGAUUCCAUCGGAGCACAGAUGGAUCUGAUAUCGCUUAUUCAAUAGUAGGUUGUUCUGCUUCAAUAAGGGCUGUGACGAAGAGCUGGACCGUAUGGGUUUCAUUGCUUUUGGGAAACUCUUCCCCCAAAAAUAUGUAUACAGUCUCCUAUAAUAUACCAAAUAAGCAUUUGCAUUGAAUCUGCAUUAUUUGCCAUACCUACCUGUUUUAUUUGCAUAGAACCAAUAUACUAACAUUGAGGUUUAUUCCCUAAUAGAAAAUUUAAACUGCGGAAUUAGAGACUCAAAACUUUUUUGGUUAUUUUUUGUUCCUUUUAUUAAAGGCUGAACUUGAUGGAAUGUGUUUGUUUAUUUUUAUUAAUUUUUUCGUUUUUUUUUUGUUUUGUUUAGUUUUUUUUAUCCACAGCCUCUCUAACUAUGUAACUUUUUUUAAAUUAGUUGUAAGUAUUUAGAAUAAACUGCAAUAAUUGGAAACACUAAUGCUAUUCUGUAGGUAAAUCUUUUCCCUGCUGCCAACAUCACCCUGUAAAUUCUUCAGUGUGAAAAUGGAUCGGUCACCAAGGAAACCAGUCCUAGGAAAAUAAAAAUAAUUGUGCGACCAAAAGGUAGUCGGUACCCAUUAAUACGAAAGUCAAUAAGGCGGUAUAUGUGGAAACUCACACUUAUAAGUGGAGCGCUGAAAGGAUGAUGGGGUACACUUACCCCACGUAACUUGAUGGCAAGCUUGGCAAUAUAGUGCAGAUGGUACGUCACAAUAAAGUCAGAUAAAAUGGUAAAGUGGAACACUCACAUCUAAAGGAGCCUGUAUGUGAAAACUGGCUCCGUAAUCAGGCUUGUAUGCUUUUUUUUUUUUUUUUAAUUCUUUAUUUUAGUCGUGCGCACGUGAAUACAACAGUAUGCAUUGCCAUAUCAUUAAAAACAAGCGUACCAUCACAGACUCUGUUAUGGCAGUCAAUACAGCACAUUUUGAGGCUUGUAUGCUUUUAAGGCAGCAUCACAACAACAAUCCACCACAUGAUGUAUCUCAAAGAAAAAACAUGGAGAGAAGGUAACAAAUGUACAGUCUGUUUCAAAUGAUGUGCAAGGUGAAAGUAAGUAAAAUGCUCACCUUUUUCAGAGCUCUGUAUCCUGGCUCUAAGGAGUAAUAACUAUGUGCCAGUAUAUGUCAGGAGUGAGUAGUUGCUUAGUGAGUAGUGAUUCCUGGUAUUCGGACUUCUACUUGUCCUUGAUCAUUCUCCAUCCUGUAAUCUUUGACCCGCUACUUUUACCUUCUGUUGUCCUAGUCCAGGGUUAGGCAACACCAGUUGUUGUGGGCUACAUUCUCAUAAUGUUCUUACAGCUAUAAUGCUGGCAAAGCAUCAGGGAAGAUGUAGUCCACAACAUCUGGGUUGUCGAAGGUUGCCCAUUCCUGUGGCCUUUGCUUGUUCUUUUCUACUUUCUGACCUGCUCUGCAGGUCAUUGUUAUCUUCUCUUGGCUUUAAGCUUGGCCAACGCUAAGAGAUGGACAGAGGUGCAUUACCAGUUCUAUUUCCAGUUUUAGCUAGGUGUGAGUAAGUUCUGCGUGUUUGGCCUGGUGUUAUCAUGAUAGGAGGAGAAUGAAUCGAAAACAGGGCAAAAGGAUAAGCUAUCGAUGGCUACCUUUGGGCUCCUAGAUUUUUCUGAAACCACCUCUCCUUUGAAGCCCAGUCAGCUACCUAAGAGAAAGUUGGAGUUAACCCGACUGACACCAGGCCAUAUGUAUUGGAGGAAGAAAUCUGUGUGUUUUUUAAUUUUUUGUAACUUUUUUUUUUUCUGAAAAAGCUGAAGCUUGAAAUUCAGCUGUUUUCAGGUAUAGUUAUUGGAUUUAACGAUCCCCCUCGGAAUCUCCCAUUAUCCUAAGUUUUAUUUGAAACCAUCUGCACAUACAUGGCUCUUUGUAUCUCAAAGAAUGAAAUGAUUGCCUUGAGGGGUGUCUAGAGAAGUGGGAACGUUGGCUAAGUGCGAAUGGCACAGCAUGUCAGUUUGAGCUCCGAGAAGCUUUGCAGCUUGGAGGAGGCGGAUUCUAAUUUUGUUCCAGCUCAUAAAUAAUUCCAAACUCUUGUGUACAGUAACCUGCUUCCCAUGCAGGGGGACUGAUUAACCAUUUGGGUGACAGCCUGAUUCUUGCAAAGUGCUGGUUAAUGACAGGAGGAUGCAGUUGAUGUGCGUUAUGCAUGUGCUGGCACAUUGUUUAUGUCUUAUGAGCCAUGUGUGAAGCUUAAAAUAUUUUUCAAACUGUUUGAAUAUUUGAUCUAUGAAAUGGUGAAUACAUUUGAACGAAUAUGCAUAUUCGACGAAGAUGCUGUUAUGACAUCAUUGUGAUGUCACAUAUCCAGUUUAUUUUAAAUUAGCAAUGGUAUAAAUUGAUAAAAAUGUUGAUCAAAAUGGAAAUGUGAAGAAUUUGCAGAUAUUUUAAAUCCCUGGAUGCCUUGGCCAGUUUUGGUUCCAUAGAAAGUGUUGUAUAUUUGGCACUUGGUGGCAUCAUAUGGCGUCUGCGUAGCAGUCCUGAAGGAUUCACAAUUGCCCACUGCCAGCGCUGCGUACUCAGACAAGCUGACUUGGCGUCCACACUUUGUUCUCCGUUGGCAGCCAUUAUGGGUCACCUCAGUGAUAUUCCUUGCUUCUAGCUAUAAAUAAAUUGUGCUGCAACUUGUUUGAGUGUUGAAAUUUUCACGAUGGCAAACAUUAAUUUUGCCUUUUCUAGGUCAGCUCUUUAUCUCAUGCCCUAUUACCUUCAUGGCGUCCAUCAAACUUGACGAGUAGUAAAGAUGUUGCUGUGUUACAAUAAUUUAAACUUCGCUGUUUUUUUGUGUGUGUUUGUGUAUUUGGUAUUUUGUGUGGAAGUUAAAAAUGGCUGGGAAAACUUUGGGGGGGUUUCACUAAAUCAUAUCGGAAAUCUCCAGCUCGGUAUAAUACACGGUUUUAGUGAAUGACCCCUUUCCCCAGGACUUUUUGAGAAGAAUGUAAUCCUGUAAUUUUCUUUUUUUUUUUUUUUACUCUGAUAUAAUAUGUAGCUAUGUAUCCUGCAGCUGUUUCCAAUAUAUCACGGUUUCUGGGCAGAUUAUCCACUUUGCACUUGCACUUGGACAGAGUUAGAAACCCACUGGGACCAUAAAUUGGCCAUGUGGAAGCGCAGACUUCUGGUGGAAGGUUGCAUCUCAUACAGAAAUAAGAGACGUCUCUCAAGCAAACCGAUGCAGUUACAGCAUAGGCUGAUAUUUUCUGAAGUGGUCGACUGCAUACGUGUUCUCUGUAUCCACUUGUGACUCAACCUGUUGGGGUUUGGUGUUGUAAUGUAGGAGCUGGGUCGUUCGUUCAGAAUGAGUAUGUCCGUCAAAUAUUCCUAACUGGCUUUUGCAGUCAGAUUAAUUCCUUAGACCUUUCAAAGAUCAGUGGGACUUGGCUAAUGGCUGAAACACCCUGGUCACAUAGCCUAGCCACAUGAAACUAGACAGAAUACUUGGUAGUAUGGUAAACUAAACUUAUUAUCCUCUGACGGUACAUGAGACAAGGCAAUUGACAGGGCAUACUUCCAGUCAACUAGUCUAGAAUUAUUCAGUUACUGAGAGAAGCGCAUAUGGAUUGAAAAGUGCUGAUCAAUACAAGAUGUGGAUCCUUGGUUAAUGCACUGGAAGUAUGGUAAUAGGAUAGGACCCAGGCUCAUCCGGUCAAACACAGUGUGCUCGCAUAGUACAGCUUGUUUUGGAUAGCAUGGUUAUAUAUAGUAACUAGACCUAACAGACAGAAAAGACUUGGCUGGGACAAAGACUGGUAGGGCCAGGAUUCUCUCCAAGAUAAUAUGGAAAAAAGGAUGCCCAGUAGCAUGAACCUCCGCCGCUCCUUCAAGGUCACAUGAGGCAGAUCAUCAAAGACACUAAUGUGGCAGUUAUUCACGUUAGUGGUGGGUGUUUUUCUUGAUUGGGCCAUAAGCCCAGCCUUAACUGAGACGUCUCGGGUGACGUCUGUGGGUGUGUCCGCCGGGACGAUAGGGGCCUUCCUGAUCCUGAACGCCGCCAUUAUCGGCCCUGUCUCACCUUCUUUUUUUGCCCCCAUGAGCAUUGCCACUCUAUUAGUGUAUUCCAGCAGGGUCUUCAGGGGCUCCGCGCAUGCGUACAUUUCUUUUUCUGUGGCAUGUUUCUGUUGUCGUGACCGUGCGGGUGAGUCUUUGGAGUUGGUGGGACAUCGCUUCUAUCUGCUUUUCUGGUGUCUGAGUAAGGUGUCUCUGUCCCCUUCCUGGGUCUCUACUGCGCUGAGGCGCGCCAUAAUGCCUGCCAACUCCGUCCGUACGCCAGCCAAGUCAGACUUCCACACCUCCCGCAGAUCCAGCAACAGUCUUUUAAUGUCGCCUUUUGUGGAUGGUGAGUUGUCUGAGUGUUCCGACCUGUAUACCACGGUGAUGGUGUGUGGUCAGGGGAUUCUCUCCCUCCAUAGAUGCGUCGGAGUCACUGGCGUUUUGAGGCCCACCAGUCGCCAUUUUAGGCUGCGGUGGCUGUUGCGGCCUUUCAAAGGAUCGCCUGAUAUCUGGCAGAUAGGACCCCUCCGGGCGGGUGAGUCUUUUUAAUUUUUUCGCCCCAUCUCUCUGUGGGGGGUUUCAGCUCUGGUUGUGGCUUAGUUAUGGGUUCCGAGUGCUGUGAUUUUGUGGCUUUGUAGAUCGUUUUCAGGGAUUUUGAGCAGGAGCUCCACUUAAACACGUCUUGUGAUAAGUAUUUUAAAGGAACACUAUAGUGUUAGGAAUACAAACAUGUAUUCCUAGCACUAUAGUGAAGGUACUCUGUCUGUCCCCCCUGUCAUGCCAAAGCAUGAGUUGGCAUUUGAUAUAUGUUAUGGGUUGUUUUUUGUGCAUGUUGGGAUAGCAUUUAAUUGUAGGCAUUGAUCUUACACCAGGCCUAAGCCAUAAUACUACUAGAUAACCAUCACCAGAGCUGGACAUAGGGCAUCGUAAAAGGUAUUGGUGCAUAUGCUCUGACUUUGGGUUCUUCAAAGGACAACAUCAUUUAAGAAAAUAUGGAGUGGGCAACAAACAGCCAGGCCAAACCCCUCUGAUCCACCCAGGAGUCUGGCCACUUAUAAACUACUAGUUUAAGGUAUAUAUUGAGGAUGUUGGAGUUUCCAGUCUGAGAUUUCUAUUUUCGACAACUACUUGGAGACCUGUAACAUCUGUAUCUCCCACAAGAAUUAUAUAUAAGGGGUAAAUAUAUGUAAGGAUUUCUUGUGUUUUCUCCUAUAUUAUUUUAUGGACUGUUUUGCAAUGUGUUAUCUGUGUUUCUGUAUGUCAUUUAUUACUGUAUUUGUGUAUAUAGCUUGUGUCUUUGUUCUCUAUGAGCUCACUCUUCUGAGGAAAGCUCAGGUAUACACGUUACCAAAAGGGUUAAUUAUAUAUGUCUGAUCAAUAAAGUAAGGUUGUGAUACUAUAAUUCUACUGUGUGUGGGGUAACGUAAGACGCCCGUGUCACAAAUGCACCUACUUCAAGAGUGCGCGUGACGUAGUUGUGGUGGUGAAAGGGUUAAAGUUCACUACUUGUCUGCACCAGACCAUAAAUAAUGAAAAAAUCCCCCUUAACACCACCCACACUUAAAGGAUCACUAUAGUGUCAGGAAAACAAAGCGGUUUUCCUGACACUAUAGUGCCCUGAGGGUGCCCCCACCCUCAGUGUCCUCCCGUGGCUCUGAAGGGGUUAAAACCCCAUUAGCCAUUUACCUUAUUUCAGUGCCGGACUCCCUCUGCGCUGGUGACCUCUCCUCCCCCACCGACGUCAGCUCCCUUUGCCGACGUCAGUGGAGCCGAAUGCCGAGUGCCGCGCGUGCAUUCAAGCUGUCAAUAGGAAAGCCUUUUUCAAUGCUUUCCUAUGGACGCUCUGCGCCAUGGAGGCAUAAUAUGCCUCCAACGUCGCAGAUGCGCCUCUAGUGGCUGUCCGGAAGACAGCCACUAGAGGCUGGAUUAACCCCAAAUGUAAACAUAGCAGUUUCUCUGAAACUAUGUUUGCAUCUGAAGGGUUAAAACCUGAGGGACCUGGCACCCAGAUCACUUCAUUGAGCUGAAGUUGUCUGGGUGACUAUAGUGUCCCUUUAAACAUAAUAUACCCAUUACUAUUUUAACGCUGCCAGCACCAAGACAAUUUAUAAAUGGAGUGCCUUGGUCCCCCAAGGUAAACUUAAUAAUAAAAACCCACCAUAUACAACUUAGCACAAUAUUUAGGAAUUGCAAAAAUACUAAUUAGUCUCUUCAGGUAACGUGAUUCUUUACAAGACAAAGGCAGAACUUAAUAAAGGAAUAUUCAUUAUGAGCAAAAAAAUAGUCGCGGUGCAUACAAAAAAUAGAUGAGAAAACUAUUCACACCAACAACAGAUAAAAACAAAAGGGAAAAAUAACAGAAGUCUUAAACACUUACUCAAUUAGGUUUUCAAAGAUGGUGACUUAAUCAAAAUUAGAUUUUGGCCCAAAGAAAGUACACAGACAUUUCAGUAUCAUUGGAUUACCACGUCUGAUCUAGAGGUGGAGUUAAGGCGUAUCUAUAGCGAUAAUGAGUGACCACCCCCUUGUGUUCCAGACCAACAUUACCAACAUCAAUCCAAAUGGAAACAUUUGGUUUUAUCUUCUCUUAUGUAUCUGCCACAAAAAUAAUAAUUGCAUCUACGAAUUUAUCUUCCCAUUCGAUAGAUAUGUCAUACACCGUACUUGCGACCCAAUGUGGCAGACAUCACAAUUCCUUCCCCUAUGGUUAGGUUACGCAAAUCAUGUUUGGGCUUGUUUAGAAGAUGGUGCUUGCCACAUUCUAAAUAUAACAAAAAUGAGGCUUCAUUAUUAUUCUGUGGGUAAAUAUUGUUUUUUCCUUUUGGAUAUGAUACUGAAACAAGGCUAAUGGCCAUUAACAUAUCAAAGAGAUUGACCCCUCAAUUAAGAGGUACAUGCCAUAUGCCUGAAGCAAUACCUUAACCCCUUAAGGACCAAACUUCUGGAAUAAAAGGGAAUCAUGACAUGUCACACAUGUCAUGUGUCCUUAAGGGGUUAAGGUAUGUCAGGUGUAGAAUCUCACACCUUGCAGCUUUCACAUUCCUAUGCAAGUUACAUUACCCCUUCUGUCAUCUGACCUCUGGGGGGGUCCCAUCUUCAAACGAAAUUAAGGCUAUAAACCAUCCAUACAAGCAAAUUAACCCCUUUUUGACACUGACAAUACCACCUCUACUAGGCAAGCAGAUUAUUUAUGCACCACACAAAUUACAUUGAAGGACAAUAUUCCAUAGUGCACUAAUGAAUUAUUCACUCUUGCCGUAACAGCCCGGAUUUAAAGUCUUGGUGGUGGCAGUAAAGUCUGUACUAGGGUGUUAGUGUAGAAGGUUUUGCAGGAGUUAAUUUAGUGGUUGCUGGGACUAGCAACAGGUAACCAGGGGUCUGGUGUCAUUAACCCUUUCACUUCCACACUCUCUCCACUGUCUCGGCUGGGCCAAUAGCCCACGUUUGUGACACCCCCCCCCCCUGUCUGUAUAUAAAGGUUUUAAACUUAUCUUUUAUCCACCACCACAAACUUGAUGUUCUUAGCCAAUCCAAUGCUUUCUCAUAGGAAAGAAUUGACAGGCUAUAGUCCAUGCGCAAUGCUGAAAUCGGAUGCACCUCUAGUGUCUGUCUGAUUGACUGCAACUAGAUGUGUUACUGGCAGCAAUAUAAACACUGCCUUUUCUCUGAAAAAUCUGUGUUUGCAGUACUUAGUCUGCAGGGACAGGCUAUAGACACUAGAACCAGUACAUCAAGCUGUAGUGACUAUAUAGUGUCCCUUUGAAGAAUUUUGAAGGCAAGCAGCUGAGAUAGCUUGAAUAUGAUUAGGUGUUCAACAAGUGUUGAAAUAAAAAUAUUAAAAUUACAUUUUAAAUUAAAUUUGUUUAAAAAUUAUGUGCUUAAUUUUUGAGAUGAUCAGACAGGUCUGUGCUCCUGGAUUUCAUAGGGUUAAUUGAUUUGUUUGCAUGCUCUAGGUUUUGACAACAUCCAGAUAGUGGAAAGUAAAAGUAGGAAAAUAUUUAUCUGUUUUUCAGCCAGGUCUGCUCUCACUGGCAGUUUAAUUGCCUUUUGCUCUGUUUACAGAUUCAAAAGUCACUGCGCUAUCAGUUAGAUAUGUGAUCAAACGUCUAUUAAGCGUGCACCUUCUGUACUGAAAGUAUGCAUGGAAUUAGUGGGACAGCGGCCAAUCACGGAAUCCAAUCAUUUCCACCUGUUUGUAUAUGGAAACCAGAUAAAUAUUAGAGGAUUAUGUACUAAAGGGAGACGUGUUGGGAAUUUUUAAAGCAAAUUUCAACUGUAAUAGCAAAGUGGUUAUAGUAACUUGGAGAGGUUUUUCCCCUCCCCCCCAGUUUCAGCUAUUUCUACUUGAAAUUCACUAUGAAUUCUCACUUUAGUAAAUAACAAACGGUGGGAAUACUUUUUGGCAACCCCCAUCCCCCUACAUUUUUUUGUUUCUUACUUUGCCUCAUUCCCCCAACCCAUUUUUGUUGUUGAAUUUACGCACGCACUGCUCUGCUCUGCAUUCAGUUCCAGGAGAGCAGCAGAGCAGGCACCUAUUGUGCCGCAAUAUUCCAGUAAUUGCAUGCCUGCUGACUAGAUGUGGGUGCUCUGGGCACCCCCUGCCAACUGUCACCAGGGCAGACUGCCUCUCCGCUUAGAUUUUUGCACGUUUUCCUUAGAAAAAUAAAUCAAUUUCUCAAACUCAUAUUUUCAGUACUAGUGCCAAACUUUCCCCCAUUACAAUUUCACCAAAUUCUCCAAUCCCAAUCCCCAUAUCCUCCUCCCAGUUAUCCAUAAUUUCAUUUCCCAGUAUAUUGCAUGUGGUGCACAGACCCUAAAAAGCAAUACUGUGUUUCGGUUUGGUUUUCCUUUCCGAAUGUCUUUUGUAUGGUAAUGACUCGAGAGCCUUGGUUUUGCACUCCUCUGUCUGUGGUGUCUGCAGUUUGCCGUUCUGUGGAUUCUUGUGACUGAUGGAUUCUGGGCAGUGCUGCUUUAACAUCUUGUAGCAUGUUUUCACAUGCAAGCUCGCGGACCCGAUUUGCUAGUUGCUCUUUACCUUUUCUGGUCAUGUCUUGCCAGGUGAGAUAAGCAAAACUCUGAAUGGUAAACUGCAGUCAGCAGUCGCCAUUCUGUGACAGCCUCCUAGUCUGGGUUAUAGAGACUGAUCAGGGUUAGAAAGAUACCACUGGGACUUAUGCCUUGCUUUCUGGACAAAUGCUAAAAUGGGGAGGAGGAGGCAGUGAGUAGGCAUAGGCCUGUGCUGCAUGCUGGGGUACAAUGAACCCCCCAGAAUUUACAUCGGAGGCUGCAAAACUUAUAUUAAAGGACCACUAUAGUGCCAGGAAAAUAAACUCGUUUUCCUGGCACUAUCUAGUCCUUAGGGUCCCUGCACCCUCAGGUCCCCAUCCCGCUGGGUUGAAGGGGUUAAAACACCUUCAGCCACUUACCUUAAUCCAGCGCCGGGCUCCCUUGGCGCUGGUGACGUCAGCUCCCGAGUGGAGCCGAAUGCGCAUGCACGGCCAGAGCUGCGCAUGCAUUCAAACCGCCCAUAGGAAAGCAUUACUCAAUGCGUUCCUGUAGAUGUUUUGCAUGCUCAAUGCGAUUUUUGCAUUAAGCAUCGCAGGAGAGCCUCUAAUGGCUGUCUUCCUGGAUUAACCCUGCAAUGUAAACAUAACAGUUUCUCUGAAACUGCUAUGUUUACAUCUGAAGGGUUAAAACCUGGGGGACCUGGCACGCAGGCCACUUCAUUGAGCUGAAGUGGUCUGGGUGACUAUAGUGGUCCUUUAAUAGCUCUGGAUAUUACUUUGCUUGUGAUUUUAAUCUGACCACGUGACCCUUCAGGAUUAUUACUUCCAGCAGUAGUCCAUUUUGGUCACUGAUUACGGAGCAAGGGUGAGGUUAAUUGUUGUCAGAGUCCUAGAAAGCUGUAGGUGUAAAAAUGUGCUAGUAUGGAUCAGCUCAUUCCUAUUGUUGCCCGUGGAUAAGCUGAUUUCAUAUAUAGUUGGCCCUGGGUGGGCCGUGGGUCGACAGAUUUGUAUGCUUUGGAAUGGAUCACUUCUGGAGCAUUUCCAGAGCUUAGACCUUGACUUGCAGCUUGGUCCUGCACUAAUUACACGGUCCGCAACCCUGAAUGACUUCCCAGUUUAGAUGUUUCAGCCCAGCUAUUAACACUGGCAAAUUACUAUCCCCCAUGACCGUAAUUAGUGAAUUCUAAGCAACAGCUAUCUCGCUCCAUUAAACUCUGCCUGUAAUAUGCAGAGAAGAUGGAAUACAUUUUAAGAUACCGUUUUAUGAAGUCCAUCACAAUCAAAUUUCAGGAACUUGCCCGCCUGAACCCCAACAGGCUAGGAACGAGUUUACAGAGGGAAGAUUUGUUAUUGCAUCCUUUCUUGUACUGUCUGUGCUCGGGAGAAACAUUUUAAAACCAACCGAAGGCAGUUUAUCUGAUAUAGAGCAGUCUUACCCAUCUCUUCACUUCUUUUCAUAAUAUCAGGAAGCAUUUUUUUUAAAUAUAAUUUUUCAACCAUCCUUUAUUCUGUGAUUCAGAUUUCUAAGGGUCACUGACUUCCCAGAAUCGCGGCUGACAUUCGUGGCUGGCUCUGAAGUUUAUCCUGAUUUUAUUUAUUUUUAAGAAUGAUUUAUUUAAAUAGUUGCAAUCAUAAAUGCUUCUGAAGAUCACCUUAUCUUUUGGGCCCCAUAUGAUUUAAAGGUGCGGAAGCCUCAUAAGGUUUACAUACUGGUGGUCCCCCGUAAACACACUCCUUUGCCCACACUUCGAUGCUGUUUGUGUAGACUAGAGAUGCCGAAUAUGAAGAUUUUGCAAAUAAGUUUUCAAUGAUACCUGUUUAGCCACUGUGAGUGAUGGGUAUUCUAGUCAGUCAGCUUAAGUGCCAGAGAUUAAUUAUGCUGUUAGAAUUUUAGAAUCUUCUCUACUUAAUUAGUGGGGGCUGUUUUGUGCCAGCCCCCCCCCCCAUUUAAUAGAGAUUGAGCACUUUGAGCUGGUCCCACUCAUGACACUGAGUCAGUUCUGAGGCUUUUCGAGUGGGCGAGAUAUGCCGAGGAUUUUAUUUAUUCAGAGCGAUCUUGCAAAGACUAGGAGGAACAGCUGAACGCUGCCGUUGUUCUUCAGUCCCUUACAUAUAUAAUUACUCUUUGCAAACCACUCGGCGAUGCUCAUUAUAUUGCUGAAUGCAAUCUGUUUCCAGUGACAUUAACCCACCGUAUGCCAGUUUGAACGCAAAACUCUGUUCAAACAAUGAGCAGUCUCCCGAAGGUUGACCUCUAUGGUGUGACAUGAGAUCAAAUACUUGGACAGCUAAAUGGGGAAGUAAUGUUUCUCCAAAUUACAUCACUUGUUUGGAGGGUGGGGUCUGUGCGCCACAGAUAGGUGAAUAUAAGGAAAACGUGAAGGAAUUUCAAGAUGAAUUUGGGGGUAAACUUUUAUUUGUAUAAUACUUACAAUCCCUAUUGGUUACUGCAUUUGCUUUCCCCUUUAAGUGAUGGCAAAAAGACUACUACUAUCUGAUAGUUUUCUUGAAAAGUAUUGGGGUUGGGGGGUAAAUAUUGAUAACGAUUUUAUGUUUUUGCAGACAGAUUGACAGGAACAACCCUGUUAUAGACCACGAUCGAGGCACUAUUUAAUUGCCAAGUUAAUUGAUUGAAGUCAAAUGGUGGCUUCUAGGGUUUUGUAUUCCUAACUGUGAAGGAAUGCCCCUCUUAUGCUGUAAAUUGACACUUUGUAUUCUUUUUGUUUGAUAGUAAUGUUCCCUAUGGCAUUCGGUAGGUAAAACUACCGAAUCCAGACCACCCUGUUGCCCAUUAUACAGACUUUACCUCCUUGCUGGCUGGAUUACGUUCGACAGACGUUCUGCACGAACGGCAUGUCUCGCCGCCAUUUUGGGACUUCCACGUGUUCGCUGCCAUUUUAGCUCCCGAACAGCGGUGUUUGCCGUCGAGUGUCUGGAACUGAAAACGGACACUCAAAUAGGCGAACACCGCUGAAGCCUCAAGACCUUCGGUAAACCCCCUUCCAAACUACCAAACGACCGGGCGUUCGGUAGAAAGACUUACUAACGGAUGGGGAAUCAAGCGAACCAAGGAUGGUAGCUGGAUGGCCGGCCGUUCGGGAGGUUUUUCAUGCGACCUAAGACUGACUGCAGGGCCAGAAUUCAUGGAACUGUUUUCGGCUACUUUGCCUGUGCAGUCGGUCAAAACUUCUAAGUCCCAUAUCUCCCGAACGGCUGAACCGAAUGGGCUGAGUUUUUUUUUAUAUGUUGGUCCCCCAGAGAACAGCUAUCUGGGGAUACCAAAAUUAUGUCUGUACCCCAAGUCCUUGGGGUACAUCCAAACUUUGGGGGAAAUCUGUUACGUUUUAAUUGUGUUUAUUGGUUAUCUGAGGGGAGGAGAUGUACAGUAUGUAUAUUGUUAGGAUUGGAUGUAUAGCUAAUUAUAUGGGAGGCUCCCUUGCAUGGGCAGAAUCCCACAAAAAGAGCAUGCCUGUCAAUAAACCUCUAGUUCAUCUUUGUACCCUUAUUCUGACUACGUAUGCUGUUUGGGAGUUCGUGUGUUUUACUGCGGGAAUUAUCCAGGGACACUAUUGGAAUUACAUUGGGAUUCGUCUACCAUAACUACCGAACGGAGGGCUAUAUUCACUAGGCUCUGGCGGUUCGGGAGGAAAUUACCGAUUGAGGUUUAAAUGCACUUGGUUUCCUUACACUAAUACUACAGUGUCUGUCUGCCACUCCCCAAUACAACUAAGCAUUAUGCAAUUAACAAAAUUUGUUACAAACUAAACUAAUUUCUGCAUGCAUAGUUUUGAUGUUUAAUAAAUUGCAUGUUUUAUUUACGUACAUAUUGGGAUGGUAUUUGAUGUUAAUGAAUAUGUAGAACACUGUUUUCAGAAUGACGUAAAUCGCUAUGAUUGAGCUCCUCUUACAAUCCAUCUUUCUUUGAAUUCCUGGUACAAUUCUAGGAAUGGUUAUGGUUUAUUGAAAUUGGGCCAUAACGUGCUUGUUUUAGAAGAGGCACGUGUUCUCGAAUUAACAAUCCAAACAUCAGGCUGGCAUCAUAUUCCUCAUUAAGUUAUUAAAUCCAUUUUCUGGGAUCUUGGACAUUUUUGUCUUUUUGUCUUAAAUUGAAUUAAGUUUGAGAUACUGUUUGUUUGGGUCUUGUGUAGUUUAUUUUUUGUAUUUUAAAACCAGCCCCCGUUACAGAAAGAAAAGCAUAGCUAAGAGGAUGUUGUUUUGAAAAAUAGCAGAGCGAGAGAUUUUGGUGCAAAUCGAAACCAGCUUUACAAAGAUCUCUACGUUCUAUGCACGCAGAAUAAAACCUGAAAUAACAUAAAAAAAUAAACAUACUACACAGAGACCAAUUUGUUCCAACCUCGUAAUACAGGAACGUUAUAUGCAGUGGCGAGAUGUGUAUAGAAACGCUAGACAGAACCUGCAUUUCUAGAUAUUUUCACACCUGUUUCACUCUGUAUUUUUGCUAUUUUUAUUAUUCUUAGUCUGCUAACGCGUAAUCCAGAUGUGGAUAACAUGCUCACUGUGCAUUGAGGAUUGUCCGUGGUACCCCGCUGAUGAGAUCUGUGAGAGAGAGGUCAAAAUGAUUGUGUGGGAUUGCUAUAUCUCUCAAGGUUGUGCUGCCUGGAGUUACCUGGCCUUUCAGCCUAUCACUGCUGCUCAUUGUUUGGGCCAGUGCGCAUGCAUCGGCCAGAGAUGCAGAGUGAACUUGCGCAUCGGGUGCUCGGGGGUUCUUCAGUAGAAGUGAGGAUUGCAAAAUCGAGGCCAAAAUAGCGGAUUUAGAAAGAGGGGGGAAAAAAAGGAAAAUCAGAUCUGGUUUGUGUCUUUAUUUUUAUUUUACUUUAGUGUUUUGUUUUUUUAAAAGAAAAUGUUAUUCUUGUAGCCAGUGCAUCUUGUGCACUUCUGGAGUGCGUAGUGAUUAUUCUAAGUGGUUUAUACAGCAGAUUGGUUUGUAGGCUGCCUGCUACUAGCUGUAAGUACACAUUAAUUAACACCUUGGUCUAGUGUUCUGUGGGUGGUGGGUCCAGUCCCUAUCUGCAGAUUGGAGUACAACUCACAUCAAAAGAGUAUGGCAGGAUCUGUAUUCCAAUACCUGGGAAUCGCUGCUUGACUCAAAAUACUGCCAGAGUGAUUGAAAGAAAUGCAUGAAAUCUAAUCUGUUCGAAGUGCUUCGCACACAGUGAUCCACAACAUGCCUGGACUUGCCAUAUCUAUUCAUACUUCUGUCUAUUGGUAUGGAGUGGAGCUACCAGCUUCUAGAUAAACGUUUAAUUAUCCUGUCCUUCACUGCAUGCACAACCAGUUAGAGAGCUGUCAGCCUCGUAAAACUCUUACAUGUGACAUAAGGGAUGAGCGAUUGCAGAUUGAUAAUUAUUUUUUAGAGGAAUGCUAUAGAACCUGAUUUUUUCUGGAUGAUGGACACAGUGUGAUUAAUGUUCUAGUAGCUACAGCUCGUGGGCAUGAUUAGAAAGUACAGUUAGACCCAUGCUUGUCAGCAUUUAUUCAAAUCAGCUUAUUAAAGGGACACUAUAGUUACACAGACCACUUCUUCUCUACGAAGUGGUCUGGGCGCAGUGGUACUGUCCUUUUAACCCUGCAAUGUCUACUGGCAGUCACUAGAAGUGCUUCCCUUACACUGAUUUAGUAAAACGUGGGUCACAAAAUGCAGAAUCCAAUAGGAAAGCAUUGAAUUUCGUGCUAUCCCGUGCGAAAGCUUGCAUGCACUUGUGGCACUCAGUCCCCAAUGCCACUCAGAGGAGCUCUGGAUUGGACCAUCGCAGAGGAGGCCAUUCUUCCUUGAUGGAAAUGCGGGAGGCAAUGAAGUGAGCAAAAAAAAAAAAAAAAAAUAUAUAUAUAUAUUAUUAAUUUUUAUGGCAAACAGAAAACGGCAGGGACACAUUAAUACAAAAAAGCAUAGAAAAACCAUAGCAUUAGGAAUAUAUUUUUGUAUUUGUUUACACUAUAAUGUUCCUAAAAUCACCAGAUUUCACAUCUUUCAUUAUGUUUGGCACAGACUGGCUUAUGUUUAGACUGUCCCAAUUGGUACAUUUUACUCCUCUGUCAAUGAAAAGAUGCUUUGUGUUUUUUACAUUUAUACAGGAGGACAUAGACACUAAUGGAAAAUACUAAAAGUGUAGCAGUCACCAUGAGAAUCGGUAGUGACUUAGCUACUCUUAUGAAUUUCCCCCAUUAUGUUUGAGAAAUACUUUUGCUGGUAUACCCUGACACUUGCCAGGUAAUUCUUUCAAAGCUCCAACAUUAGAAUUCCCAAAGAUCCAGAACGUUCUUUCCUUCGCGUUCCUAUUAAAUCUGUUUAUUCGUUAAAGGGAUCAUUUCAAAUUUCUAGCCAAAGUAUCUGAACAUAGCGAAGUUAGAGAAAAUUUCCAGUUAAGGUAUUUUGAACAUAUAAACAAGGACCAGAUUUAAACCGCUAGAAAGCAUUUGCAGAAGGUGACCUAGUGAAGAAUAGCAGUCAUUUAACAGUAGUAACCAUCUGGCUUAACCAAUCAUGCCAUUAGACAAUGUAAAACAGUAGUAGGAAAAGCCAGGCUGUGGUUGUCCUGGACUUUGUUUUUUUUUUUUUUUUAUAUCAUUUUUGUUAUGUCAUAAGGUAAUAUGUCAUUGCAAAAAGUUGACUUGCAGGUCUCAUGCAUCUCAAGCAGAAAGGUAUCGAUCAUAAAUGCAAGGGUUAGACACGCAGGUCUAUGAACAUGGUAAUAAUUAGCAGACUUACAGGCCCCAUAUAAAUUAAGCAACCAAGCUAAUAGGGAUUCAUUGGUGGAACUAGAAUACCAGUGCAAUUGAGGUUUCAAGAUAUCUCAUCAUACAGGUAAUAUAAUGUGGUAUUGUAGUGGAUAUCGUAUAUUUCACAAUGGAUUAUCAUGUUGGCUUGCAAGGGGGGACAUAUGAACACACGUCCUAUAGGGCAUGGUCACAACUCUAUUAUGGACCAAUUUAUCCCAUAUUGUGAUUUUUCAUUUUACUGUGUUACGCUAUGAUUAUUAUUUUUUUUAUUUUGUUUGAAUUUAAUUUUUUUGUGCAAGAACAUUUUUCGUUUUUUUACUGGGACUCUUGUAAUGCCACUACAGUUCUCAUAAGAUUACCCAAUAACACAAAGUAAUAUUUGCCAUAAAGUUGUGUGUGAUAGGUAAUAACGCAUUGUUUGGCAUUUUUCAGAGAUAACCCUAUUUCUGACGGCACGGUUUCACUAGCAUGUAUAUGGGUUUUCUUAUGUUUUGGUUCAGCGUGUGAUCAUCGAUCAUGACUAGGGUCUGAGACUCGUAGGUCUCGUAUACAGCCUAAGAGGUAGUAUGUAAGAGUGUAGCUUUAUCAGAUUUAGACUCGCUGGUCUGGUAGUAUUUCGGGGAGGGAGAGACACGCAGGUCUCGCAGCUUACCCCCUGCAGUCAUGGUGGCUGAGAUUUUCAUGUGGUUCUGUGACUACCCAGUUCCGCAAGCGUAUCUUUAUGAGCUUAUCUGGUGUUCCCCCGGUGUGUUGUGAGCAGUGUGCGUUUGCUAAGAUUGUGAUUUUAGCGUUUUUGUGCCUUGUUUUCGUUAUGUAUUUAUGUUUAUUUGGUUUCGUCUGGUUUAUCAUAAGGGCAGUCAUCUUCUUUUGAGUUUACGACAUGCAGGUCGCGAGAGUCGAUCAACUGGCUCUGGUGGCAUAAUGAAGUGUAGGGACGUAGUAAUAUAGGCACAUCUUGCUACGACUGUGUGAUUUGGGAAUUUGCCUGUCUCAUCUCGUGUCUUAGUCGUGAGAUACUGGGAUGAUCUGAAUAUCUCUGGUUGCUGUCUCUAUUUGUGGUAGCAGGCUUUGAGAAGUAGGUUUGUAGUUGGUGUGUGUGAAUUUCGAGUCCCUCCCCCCCCCACACCCCCGCCCUCUCCUUUAAGUGUCCUGUUGGGGUUUGUCGUCUCUCUCCUUCCCCCUUUGUUUUUACUAUUUUACUAUUGAUAAAGGAUAUGCAAAAUAAAAUGUGAAAAACUCACUGCCACCUUCAGUAUAUGUCAGUAUCCUUCAGCCAUAUACAUACACCUUGGGUCAGGCAGUGUUUGAUUUCAGGCCAUUCAUCAUUAUGGUCUUUCAGUCAUUGUCCUUUGCAGUCUACUAAUCAGGGGUCUGAAAAGCAUAAACUGCAAAUCCCACUAGUUGUAUCCCCAAACAUGUUUACUGACCACACUGAAGCUGAUAUUUGUCAAACUGAUGUCACCACACUGUACAUUUGAUUCAAUGCAUCUCUGAGGAGAUGCUGAUUGGCCAGGGGGGCAUUUGGCUCCGCCCCAUCUCCUUGGCUGAGAUCAUCAGAAUUGACUAUCUCAGUCAAUCACAACGCUUUCCCAUAGGAAAGCAUUGGAUUGGCUGGUGACUGGCUGAGAUAGUCCAAUCUGAUGUCAGCCAAGGAGGCGGACCUGCACAGCGCUGGAAAUAAGGCGAGUUUUUACUAGAUUUAAGGUGACCCAGGGGGGCUAAAUGGCGAGUUUAACACUAUAGGGUCAGGUAUACAUGUUUGGGUUUCUGACCAUAUAGUGUUCCUUCAAAGAGAGAAAAAAAUCUUAAUUUCAAAACUUGGUGGUGACAUUUGUCCUUUAAUGUAAUGCCGGUCGGUAUCUUACGGUAUCCGGUAUUUCUCUGCACUGGUAAACCAUUCGUUCGAAGCUCCUAAGUACCCUCGAAGUUCUCCUAUGUCAUAGUGGCUCUACAUUGCAUUUUAGUUUUUGCAGAACAAAGCAUGUAGGUGUUUUAAAAUGACUGUGUGAGCAGAGGAGCGGAGGUGUAUUCACUCUAUUCAUUGGAAAAUUAUUCCGAGCUGAAGUGCAGAUGGCGUUCCCUUUCCAUAUAGGAACAGCUCCUAACUCUACGGUUUAAACAAUUCAUUAGGGGGAGUCUCGCUUGGAUCUGCUCCCUAGUUACAGCUUUGGACUCCUGUGUUGCUUUUAAAGGGUUAAGUAGUUGACCAUUGGGAUCUCUGAGUUCAGCUUCCCGUGAUGCAGCCAUUUCCGAGAGGCAGUGGGAAUGCUCGAAAAUGUCCUGAUAAACUAUUUAUGGAAGCUGCACAGCUAAAAACAAUGCCUCAUAACGAGUGUGAAUCAAAAAAAUCGCAGACUUGCAUAGAGCUUUAUAGAAGGUUUUUUUUUUUUUGCCAGAUAAGGGCCCCCUCCUAUAGCCCCUGGAAGCAUGUGACAAGGUGCAGAUCCAGUGCACCAUCUUGGGAGGAGCCCACUACCCAUAACACACACACAACUCCCCCCCUCAGUUUGUGUCACUUUGCCAUUAUCACCCCUUCCCAUACUUUACACACUGACAAAAUUGGCCAACUUAAAGGGACACUCCAUACCGGAGCCAGGACCAGAAGGUGGGUGUAUGACAUAACGCCAUAUAGACACUCACUGCUGCAGCACCUUACUUACGAGUUUUGCCCAAGCAUGUUUGCUUAUAGGACUCAGUAAUGCAGGUUCACUUUUCACCCACGCUUCUGUGAGCUGGUGAGGGGACACAGAACUGAGCAGGGAGAUCUUUUGAUAUCUGUGUUGGCUCAGGCAGGGCCCACUCACUACCAGAAUUGAAGCCUCAGGCCCGGAGUAAUCAGGACCAGGUUAAGGAAAUUAUCUUCUUGAAUGUACUGAAAAAUUUCUGUUCGAUUUUUGUACAUGUUGAAGGAAUAUUAUGUAAUAUAUCUGUAAGCAAACAUUUGAUGUUUAGUAUUCAGCCCAAGAGCGGAUUCUCCUGUUCGGAAGGAGUGUACUCAUUCAUGAACAUUUUUUUUAAAGUCUGGACAUGACCAGAAUAACUCCGUAUCUGUCGCAGUCAAGACAAUCACCACUGUUGUGUGGAGAUCAGAAAAGCACGAUGUUUGAAACUGUGCAAAAUAAAAACAUUGAGGAUCCAAUUGUAGAGGGUUUUUGUCUUUUUGCUAAAUUUUAUAUUGUAUUUUGUUAGGGCAAGAGAACAGUUGAGGCAUAAGAGAGAGAUCAGGAUUUACGGCUUAAUUAUACUGUAUCAAAAACUGUCAUGGGAACUUGUUUCAACGUUCGAACAUACAUAGAUCCCUCUGUAAGUGCGUACACGCCAUCUGCUACCGUACUUUAAAAUAAACCUCAGCCGCAAAUCGUCACUCCUGAGAAAACCAGAAAUAAAAUGAUUUAUGAAUAAAUAUAACGUUAAUUUAAAUUUUUCUUAACAAGAGUUUUACAUGGAAUUGACCAACACUGAUUGCAAACAUGUGUCCGUGAGGUCAUUCUGUUUUCUUGCAUUGACGUCAGGAGGAUUAGGGAGCCUCUGUAUAAUACCAUACCUCACAAUAUCAAAAUGGACACUUUAAUUUUAGGGUUGAGUCUGGAGAUGUACCCACGAAUGUUGAUACCCAAAGAUGUUAUAGGCGACUGACUAUGUGGCCACCUGAUUUAUGAUCUUAAGUUAGAAAAGAGGGCUGUCGGGAUUUGAGCCCCCAAAUAGACUGUCAGUCCUAGGGACACUUGGUAAGUAUGAAUUAAUUAAAUUUGAUGCUUUGGCUUACUCAUAGAUUUUCUUUAAUCUUUUAUUAAAAUGAACUCUGUCCAAAUGGAAAUCUGUACGGCUCAUCCUCUUGACAAUGAAAAGGUUAACGGGGAGUACUUGUCCUUUUAAAGACUGCAUAAAUACCAUAAUUCUCGCUGCAUGGAGGUGUAAGUGUUUUGUUGGUGAAGAGAAUAUUUUUAAUUCUUGAUGGGCAAAUAAUUGCACAUGUAGGAGUGUGAGUGUGACAGCUUGGCAGCGAGGGGGCGGUGGGAAAGAUCGCACAAGGCAAGCUUUGGAGCACGUUGCUUUAACUCCCCGAACACGCUGACAAAGUUAUUAUAAUCCUAAUAACUAGAUGUACCAAUGCAUAAAUUAUAUUAUCUACAGACCGACAUAUAUGGUGUCGUUCUGUAAAUAUUAUAUGCAAAUACCCCCAGCUAUGACAUGGUUGUAGAAUACAGAUAUUUCUGGAGUAGAGCCAACGUGUGCAGAAAUAGUCACUACAUUUUGGAGGGUUAUGUUAAUAAGGCAUGGACAACAAAAUUGACAAUUCAGAAACCUACAUUUUGAGUUCAGAGAACCUGUUCCCAUGGAAAGCUUAGAGUUUGUUGGCUAAUUACAGAUUCUGAUUGGCUACUGACAUCAGAUGGCUUUUACAGGCUGUGUUUAGACCGGUCAGGCCAAGGCUUGGACAUGUUGGCGCAAUUCCAAGAUUGCAAGUGUUUUUGCACAUUUGAAAGAUGGCAUUUAAAACCACUGUUUCUACACAAUUGGUAGAUUUUUUUUUUUUCUUCUUUUGUUAAUCUCUUUAAUGAUCAUUGUACAGAUUUUAUUAAAAUUAUCCAACACUGGCAAACCUUAGAACCUAAAAUAAUUAGAUAUACAAGUGUAUAAUUUUCACAUUCAUCCAUUUUUAAAAUUUAUUUAUAUAUGUAUAUAUUUUUUUUUUAUGACUUUAACAAAUAUCAUGGAGAGUCACUGUUCUCUUUAUUCUAUAAAACAAAAAUGCAACCUCCCCACGCCCCGAAAAACAUAUUUUAUUGCAAUUACUGAAUUAGUUGCUGGAACAGCUUGAAAUCGCACCAUCUUAAUGUCGUGUCAAAUGCAAAAUGCGUUGGUGAUAACAUGAUUUUUAAGAAAUAUAUAUUGCGCAAUGCCAACCUGUUCCUUUCUGUGCGGUAAAUAAGAUGGAAAAGGCAACAGGACCGAUUGGUAUCUCUUUCCCCCAAAUACCUUAUAAAAUACUCAUAUUCUUCAUUGAAAUAGUUUUGUUUUUUUUCUUCUUAUUUUAAAUAAAACUAUGCUUCAAUAUCUUACAUUUUGUUUUUUCAAAAUAGUUUAUGUAAAAUCAUAUAUUUACACAUGUUGCUCAGACUUGCAACUCCACUUUUACUACACUUUCACCCCGAAGUAUAAGAUGAGAACUGUGUAACGUUUAAUACCCAACAAAUACUUUCGUGUGUGUAUGUGUGUAUAUAUAUAUAUAUAUAUAUAUAUAUAUAUAUACCAUUUCCAUACAUUUUAUAGAUCCUUUACUUAAUAAAAAUAUGCCUUAUUUUCUCAGCUGUUAGUAUUUGAACUCAAACCAUGUUGAGUGCAAGUUAGACCAUCUGGGGGUUUCUCAACACUCAAUAGGGACUUAAGCAUCCUAAACUGGUUUCUGUAGGGGUUUACAUCACAAUGUCAUAAAAUGUGGUUAGCACUGUAAAAUUUAGGAGCCACGCAAAGUCUACAUUAAAUAUCUUUCAUAUACUUCAGGACACAGAUUCUUCCUCAACGUUCUCUGCAUGUUCUGUGUGGGGAUGGCCUGGAAAGGGUCAGUCAUCAUGGCGUGCAUGGAUGCCCGCACCUUCUGUAAACCCGGGCCAUUAUGGCAAUCUGCGGUGUUACGAAUUGCAUCACUGGCAUGCAGCCCUCCCCUUGGGACAGUCCACUCUGUACCGAUCCACAUUCUCCCAAAAGUGGGAGGUAUCGGUUUAUCGAAAAGUGUGUAUAUCCCUGUAGUAAGGAUUCAAGUAAAUGUGAUGUUAAUCGACUGUUGGUGAUUGGAAAUAAAACACAAUUUCAGAGUUCUGACAUUAUAUGUUUAGCCCCAUAACAUAUAGAUGAAAGCAAUCUAUUUCUCCUCCCAUUAUCACCUCUCCCCGCCCCCGCGUGACACAUUUAUAUAGUAUUGUUGUGGAAGAGGAUGUAUUUCAUUUUAAUUUGUUUAUUUAUCUCCCCUGCCCCCCACGAAUUAUGCAAAAUGAAAUUCCCCUAAUUAACUUUUUAUCUUCUCUACUUAACUAAAUUAAUCUCUAAAAUAAUUCCCCAGCCUUUCUUUUGCAUCCGAUUGGAUGCCAGUCCCCACUACUUCUUGGUUACAGACUGUGACAGAGGACAUCGAGAACCCACACGCUCUUUCUCUCACGUUACUAUGACAACCAGACCGGCAUUGCUUAAUGGAGAUAAAUGCAGAAAUCAUAAUAAAAAGCGAUUGGUAACAGCCUAAAAAGAUCUGUAUCCAUAUAGUGAAUCAUUCAGUAAUUAAGAAGAAUGGUCACCAUUCUGAUGGUGAUAUUUGCCCAUUUUCUUACCAUUGUGGCGAAUAUCCCACUUAACUAACGGCCGGCCUCCGUCAUUAGACCCUAUCCAUUCUCAACAUUUGUAGUAUCCCCCAUUCUCCUGUCCCCCUAUUCUCCCACUCCUUGUCUUUUUCUGCUACCCUCCCCCUCAGUCCUUACCUUCUGAUAUAGUAAAUGUUAUUGAAAUUCUCUUUUUAUAUUUGUUCUAUAUAUAAUACAAUACAAAAGUAAACGCGAGGCUCCAUGCAAUCCUAGGACUCCUUUAGAGUCAUUUCUGCACAUUGCUGUACUGGAGGGCCCGUGCGGUUUGGGGGAUAUUUGGGUGCAGCGUGCAAUAUUUCAAUCGACAGACACUAUUACCCUCCUGUGUGUGAUCUGCGUUCUUGCUCAAAUCUAGCAACACAAUGAGGGAGGAGUCGCCUUACAAAAUAAUAAAAAUGCUUGUAUGUAUAUAAACAAAGAUAUUCCUGCCCUGUGUGGAAUGCAAGUUGUUAUGUUAUGAGGAGUGUUUUUGUUUUAUUGAUCGGCGAGAGCGAUAAGGCAAAUAACUGUGUGAUUGAAUAGAUUAUUUGACCUUUGUCUGAUUCAGCGCUCAUAUACGCUCAGGGUUACAGGUCCAAAGAAACACAUCUGGAAUAAUUUAUGUUUUACUGCAGGAUGGGAAAGAGAAAUGUAGUAUAAUUUCAGGAACACAACUGACGACUUGAUAGAAUUGUGAGCGUUACCCGUAAUAAACAUUUUUGUGGAUGUACCGAUUGUGCAGUUAGUAUCAUUAACUAUACUUUGUGUCUGUGCAUUGAGGCUAAUUCAAAUAGGGAGAUUAGUCUGACUCCUAAAACUGUAAUUGACCUGUUUUAGACAUCUUUGCAGCCAUACUAAACCCUAUUGGUUUGUACAUUAACUUAACCCUGUGUACGCUUCGGGCAAAUUGAGGCCUGUUCCAGUCUGUUACCUUGUUUGUAGGGCAAUUUUUGGGUGGUGGGCCUCUUCACAUACCUGUGGUUUACAUAUGGUUUUUGUUGUGAGACCAAUGGCACCACAAUGCCAUUUUUUUACCCUCCUGUUUACGAUAAACUAUUUUCUCACAAAGUCACUGACUGAAUGAACAAAUUAACUGACCUCCUGCAGGAUAUAACUGCUCCAUACUAAAAGUCUCAGCAGUUUUAUGUGCUGCCCAACAGCAUGUUAUAUGCUGUCCAACAGAGACCCCUAUGUUUUACACACGUGCCCACUUGCCUUUAUUUCUACCUUCCUGCCCUAUCCUGACUCCUCGAUAACUUGAGUGACCUGUACAGGUGGCAGAGCAAAUUAAUGGACGUGCAGAUAGAACUUCUAAAGUUGCUUCAUUGGCUUGACUGCGGUGUUUAAAAUUAGAUCUAAUCUCUCUUUGUGAAGUUUUGAGCACAAAGCAAAUGAUGUAUUGUACAACACGUUCUGUAACAUUACUGCAACGCACCAUCCUCCUGGCCUCCCGUGAGCUGCAGCGAGAAGUACAAAAAAAAUCAUCUCUGUGUGCAACGGAACUGUAUGACACGACUGUCAUGUUACUCUGGAAAACAAGAUGCACACAAUCUGCUUUGUAACAGAAUAUGUCUUUAAAAGGUUGUUUGUGUUCUUACCCACCAGUCUUUGGUUUUUGUUUUUCCCCUUGCCUCUCUAGGGGUUAAUCCCUGUUGCAAAACAGUCAGGAAUCCACUCAUUAAAUUUUAUCUAGAAAUGCAGAUCAUCUCAACUAUUCCAAGUCAUCUAAAGUUCCCUAUUUAGCGAAGGUCUCCGUGGAAUUCCGACACAAAGAUUAAGUUGUCUGUGUAUUUAUUUAUUUAUUUUUAUAAAUUUUUAAAUUGCCAAUUGCAACCUGAAACCUGUGUUUUGAAAGAUCAUUUUUUGGGCAAACGUCUGGGGCAGUUGCCACAGAAACCAAUGUAAAUUCCCUGCAAAUUGCUUCACUGUUAAAGUGUGAAAGAGGGGGGAGGGUAUAGAGUAAUUUCUACAUAUUUAUACAUACUCUCAAACCACAUUCAGGGCUUAAUUAAUAUUUCAAGUCCUACGGUGUUGGCCAGGCCUAAAGGUUAGUAGCCACUGCAAGUCUAGAGGUGACACAUUAACCUGGGGUGAAUGUCUUCUCCCCAAUGGCUAGAGUAAAUUUUGAUCCCUGAUCCUAUUGCAGAGUUGUUAAAGGAACACUAUAGUCACCUAAAUUACUUUAGCUAAAUAAAGCAGUUUUAGUGUAUAGAUCAUGCCCCUGCAAUUUCACUGCUCAAUUCACUGUCAUUUAGGAGUUAAAUCACUUUGUUUCUGUUUAUGCAGCCCUAGCCACACCUCCCCUGGCUAUGAUUGACAGAGCCUGCAUGAAAAAAAAACAGGUUUCACUUUCAAACAGAUGUAAUUUACCUUAAAUAAUUGUAUCUCAAUCUCUAAAUUGAACUUUAAUCACAUACAGGAGGCUCUUGCAGGGUCUAGCAAGCUAUUAACAUAGCAGGGGAUAAGAAAAUCUUAAUUAAACAGAACUUGCAAUAAAGAAAGCCUAAAUUGGGCUCUCUUUACAGGAAGUGUUUAUGGAAGGCUGUGCAAGUCACAUGCAGGGAGGUGUUCAUAAACAAAGGGAUUUAACUCCUAAAUGGCAGAGGAUUGAGCAGUGAGGCUGCAGGGGCAUGUUCUAUACACCAAAACUGCUUCAUUAAGCUAAAGUUGUUCAGGUGACUAUAGUGUCCCUUUAACCUUUCAGUUUUGUGUGAUUUGAUUGUUGUUUUUUUUGUAGAUUCACAAGAAUUUGAAAAUGUUAUAUUUGUAACAAUGUUGCAUUAUUUGCAUUAUUUAUUAAGUUAAGAUGUGACAAAAAAAAACUAAUCCGAGCAAUUAAUUGUUUCCUGUAAAUAUUAAUCAGAGUCUGUAAAUCACUGUGUAUGUUUUGUUUCAGGAAUUGAUUACAAGACGACAACCAUACUGUUGGAUGGUCGGCGGAUAAAAUUACAGCUCUGGUAAGGGUGUUCUCCUCUUCCUUGUAAUAUAAUAUUUAGUGUAUUAGAGAUGUGUGACAUUCUGUUCCUCUGUGUUAGGUAUGGAGGGAGCUAUCACUGUUCUCCUUAUUUCAAGGAGCGGACACUGAAUUCUUGCUCAAUGUGUUGUAUACCUAAUAAGUUUAAAGGGACACUGCAGGCACUGUAACUGCUUCAUCUCAUUGAAGUGGUUAUAGUGUGUGGAGUCGCCUGGCACUGUCCUUACUUUCAGCGUUGCACAGUUUGCAAUGUUUUAAUGUGAAAUGAGUCACCAGCAGCCAAACCCAUCUGUGCUGCUCAGGCUAAUUAGGAACCAUUAGCCGAAGCAGCAAUUGGCGGCUUUGUUUGAGUGUUAGACUGAAAGUGGUCGGCUAUCACAGCCGCAACUGCUGGUAGGAAUUGAUAUGACUACAAUGGUGUAUGUAAUCUCUGCCUUACUCAUACCUUAAGUAGGGGCUGGGCUCUGGAGGGCCAGGGACCCUCACUUAGUGCUUGAAAAUGGUUUAAUGGAGGGACAGUAUCAUGGGAUUCCAGGCAUCACAACUAACUCAAUGUGAUGAAAUGGUUAUAGUGCCCCUUUAAUUCCUAAAUGACAGAGAAUUGAGCAGCGACACUGCAGGACCACGAUCUGUAAGCACUAAUACAGGCUUCCCCAAACUUACUCUGGCCCUCCAGAUGUUGCUGAACUACAACUCCCAUGAUUCUCAGCCUAUCUAUUUCAUUCAUAGAAUCAUGGUAGUUUUAGUUCAGCAACAUCGGGAGGGGGGCCGUAGUUUGGGGAAGCCUGCACUAAUACAACAAAGCCGUUUUUAAUGUAAAGUGUCCCCUUUAUUCACAGAGGAUGACCCCACAUUUUAAUAUAAAUCCCACACAUUUUCAUUUACUUUAGUUUAUUUCUGAGUCUGUAAAAAACAUUAUACAUGAUUGGAAAAGCAAGCUUUCUGUAUUAAAUCCCUCCUUCUGAGACGUGAUUAGCUCGCAUUGAUUCUCCAGAUCUAAUCCGCAUGAGAUUUCACCAGGGAAUUUGGUCAGGGGAGGAAUGAUAGCUUAGCUUAUUGUCUGGCAUUGGAAAAGGGACGUGGUCUCUGAUCCUUGGCACAACGUCAACUCACUUUAAAGAAAGGGUUCAGAGCCAACUAGAAGCCAGGAAAAGCAAUUGCUUCUGAUAUUUAAACCAUGUGGCCGGAAUCCUAGAAUCGUCCUAGAACGUUAUUCUUGAUUAAUGCUAUAUCACAUGAUUAUCAUUAUUCUUUUUAUUUUAUGCUAUCGAAAUAUUAACCCUUUCCUGUACUUUACGUUUUUGUUUUAAUCUCUCUAUGUUUUAUUUCUUCUUCUCCUAGGGACACAUCAGGGCAAGGGCGGUUUUGCACUAUUUUUCGUUCAUAUUCCCGCGGUGCUCAGGUAAGUUUGCAGAAAAAACAUACGAUCCGAUGCCCCAGCCAGUUCCAGCUUGUAUGACCUAAUCAUCACUGUACUUAUGGUCCUUUUGUGCGUGUCUGAAAUAAAUAAAACCAUUUUUAUUUCGUUUUUUUUCCUUCCUUUUAAUGCCCAGUAAUAGUCUGCAAUACAAUACAGUGGCCAUAAGAUACCACUCCUGGGAUAGAUACAAAUAAAACUUCACUUUCAAUCAGCUUACAAAUGUAAAAAAUAAGUUGCAUCCAUUUCACAAGUUCAACACCUUUUAGUAGACACAGAAUGUGUUAAUUUGCAGUCCUGUCUUUGCUAUGGAUAAUAGAGACGUGUACAGUUAAAUCCUGCUCAUACAGUAUGUGUACACAAUGUAUUGUAACCGUGCCGAGUCUGUGCUCUUCUGAUUAACCCUGGGCAGGGAACACCUGACAGUGAGUUAGUGGGUCACAUAGGUAAUUUCCUCUCCCAAUUUCAGAGAAAAUACAGGAAUUUGGCAUCGGGGAUCGCUAUCUCAUUAGCCUGGAAGAAUGACUCGCACUAUUCUUCUGCUGGAAAACCAAACUUAACAUUUGAAACUGCCCUGGGGGGUGGGAGAGGUGAGGCUGCAGGCAUUGUUGGGGGCGGCAGGCCAUUUCAGAGAAUACUUUGGUAACUUUAUGGCUAAUUGAUUACUUCUAUACUUGUACAUAAUCUGUUACAUGCAACUUUAACCAGUUCUUUACUACUGGAUUGAAGUAUUAAUCGAUAAGCAGAGACUGGGAGUCUUCUAAAAUAGUUAAAUUGUUACUGCACAAAAAGAGCUAUUCUGUAUUCAGGAAAUUUUCAUGAAUUCCAAAGAAUCCCUGUAAAUUUUAUUAAAGGAUUGUUUUUAGUUUGGAUACACUAGACUGCCAUACACGCUCUAUUUGUCUGUUUUGCUGUGUGAGGAUUGCAAAAUGUGUUCCCUUUUUAAAACAUUUAUUUUUUAUUUUUUUUAAAUCUUACAAAGACACUUGAUAAAGCACCAUUUUUUAUUUCCCUGUGCAGUUAACCACAAAAUAUUCAGCAGAUGACAUUAAGCAAUCUUUUUGUCAGCAGACUAUCUUUAUACCUUAACUCAGUUUACUAUGGCAACCGCAAAACCCUUUAUAAUUCUGAACCAGAUUUCCUGUGAUGGCAGAGUGUCAUAGUAAAUUGCGUUUAUAGGCACCUGUGAUGCUACAGUUAGAGAUUGAUGCCCUAUAUACUCUGAUAGCAACGCUAAUAUUAAAGGGACACUAUAUUCACCAAAACAACUUUCACUUAAUGAAGCAGUUUUGGUCUACAGAUCAUGCCCCUGUGGUCUCACUGCUCAAUUCUCUGCCAUUUAGGAGUUAAAUCACUUUGUUUAUGCAUCCCUAGUCACACCUCCCUGCAUGUGACUUCCACAGCCUUCCUAAACACUUCCUGUAAAGAGUCAUCUAAUGUUUACAUUUAAUUUAUUGCAAAUUCUAUUUAAUUUAGAAUUUCUUAUAUCCUGAAGGAUCCUCCUGUAUUCAAUUAAAGUUCAAUGUACAGAGCAGGAGAUAAAAACCUCUGAAGUAUGUUACAAGAUUAAAAAUGAAACCACUUUUUUUUCAUGCAGGCUGUGUCCGUCACAGCCAGGGGAGGUGUGGCUAGGGCUGCAUAAACAGAAACAAAAGAUUUAACUCCUAAAUGGCAGAGAAUUGACCAGUGAAACUCCAGGGGCAUGAUCUAUGCAGAAAAACAGCUUAAUUAAGCUAAAGUUAGUUUGGGGACUAUGGUGUCCCUUUAAAAUUUUAUUGUGGCUUCUUUUUAGAUUAGAUUUACUUUAAAACACACACACAACCUCCCAUAUACAUAAUCCAUAAUAAUGUUACAUAUUCCUUUUUAAAAGAGAAUCCUUUUUAUUUUGUACUUUUGGCUGUGCUGUGACAACUGCUUUUUGUUCUGUAAUAGGGCGUGAUUCUCGUUUAUGACAUCACCAAUCGGUGGUCUUUCGAUGGAAUUGAUCGAUGGAUAAAGGAGAUUGAUGAGGUGAGAAACCUAAUUAACUGAAUGAUUUCUAUGUCUGUGAUAAAUUUAAAAAAAAUGUUAAUCUAUUAACAUUGCCAUUUUUGUUCACAUAGAAGUAAUAUUGAGAGCUUGCGGACUAGUCGUAUCUUGUCUUAAAGGACCACUAUAGUGCCAGGAAAACAAGGGAGAGGAAUGGGUUAAACGCUUACCUUUUUCCAGCGCCGGGCUCCCUCUGCGCUGGGGACUCUCCUCCCUCUUCCGACGUCAUCCGCCGCAUGUGCGGCCAGUGCCGCGCGCGCAUUCAAUUAAUCCAUAGGAAAGCAUUUGUUAAUGCUUUCCUAUGGAUGCCAGCGUCUUCUCACUGUGAAAAUCACAGUGGGAAGCGCCUUUAGCGGCUGUCAAUAAGACAGCCACUAGAGGUUGGAUUAACCCUAAUGUAAACAUAGCAGUUUCUCUGAAACUGCUAUAUUUACAGCUGCAGGGUUAACCCUAGAUGGACCUGGCACCCAGACCACUUCAUUGAGCUGAAGUGGUCUGGGUGCCUAAAGUGGUCCUUUAAGUUGUAUAUGUUAUUGUCCAGCUCAGUUGACCGUAUCUACAAUACUGUCCUUCCAAAAAAAUAAUUAGAUUUUUUAAAAUUUCAUUUAAAAUCUAGCCAGUGUCGUCUUAUUUCUACUUUGCUAUUUUAUGCAGUGAAAUUUGUUCAUUGAUCAGAUUUCGUAGUAAAGUCUACUAAUCUCAAAUGAGUAUUUUUAUAGCAUUGACCGAAGUUUGUACACGUUGUAGGAACAAUAUUUUUUUGCUCACUUGUAUUGGUAAGUUACAGCUGGAUUUGUAGCUCAUCAUAAAUUUUAAUUAUUGAGAGGUGAAAUUGAAUGUUAAUGUGAAAUUGUUUUCUUAUUCCUUUAUCUGCAUUGACGUCUGCUGUUAUCUUUCCCAGCAUGCCCCAGGAGUGCCCAAAAUCCUGGUGGGAAAUCGCCUCCAUUUGGCGUUCAAGCGGCAGGUGUCUACGGAACAGGCACAGAGCUACGCCGAGCGGCUGGGGAUGACUUUCUUUGAAGUUAGUCCUUUGUGCAACUUUAACAUCACAGAGUCCUUUACAGAACUGGCACGGAUUGUGUUAAUGAGACACGGAAUGGACAGACUCUGGAGGCCAAACAAGGGUAUGUAUUUCAGGCAUGCUCAUGGUGAGGGCUUCACUGCAUGGUACCCAUGGUCAUUGCAGGUCAUGUCUCAUGUUAUUGAGUGAGUGCUUCUGUAUUGCUCUGUACAUUACGGUUGGCUGCCUGGCAGUGUGUCACUUAAAGGAACACUAUAGUCACCAGAACAACUACAGCUUAAUGUAAUCCUGCAGAAUUUUGAAUGUAAAAAUUGCCGUUUCAAAGAAAAGGCAGUGUAUACAUUACAGCCUAGGAACACCUCUAGCAGCCACUCCUCAGACGGACACUGGAGGUGAUUCCUGGGUUAAUGCUGUACAGUGUGCAGCACUGACAUUCAGUGUCUCCACACUCUGCAUGGAGACGCUGAAUGCUCCCCAUAGAGAUGCAUUGAUUCAAUGCAUCUGUAUGAGAAGAUGCUGAUUGGCUGGGGCCGCAUUUGGCUCAAAUCCCCCCCCAACAGCCCACCUCUUGGCUGAGAUCAUCAGAAUUAAUCUCAGCCAAUCCAAUGCUUUCCUAUGGAAAAGCAUUGUGAUUGGCUGAGAUCAUCAACUCUGUCAGCCAAGGAGGCGGGUGGGGGAGGGAGCCAGUGCGGCGCUGAAAAUUUACAGUAAGAUUUUACUGUAUUUAGGGGGCCCAGGGAGGCUAUAAAACACUUUAGUGUCAGGUUCCUGACCCUGUAGUGUUCCUUUAAAUCACGUGUUCCAUUUGACAAGCCUCCUUUUUGAGUGCUCUAUCAGUAAUGCAAUACAUAUUACUGGCACAUUGAUUCUUGUCCUACUUUCACAAUUAUGGGAGGUAUUAUUCCCUUUCUUCGCUCUGCAUGCAAAGAGGAGUGCAAUAAUUAGAUCUAGAAUUUGGGUAUCAGCCAUCAGUAAAACGAGAAGCCAAUAAAGUUCAAUACAGACAGAAUACAAAUCCUGAUCUACGACCAGAAAAUGCUGCAAAAUGCAAGCUUCCUGAAGAAAUACAAAUAAGUCAACUUAUGUAACUUUUACCCAUAUGUCAGUGUCAUUUUAGAAACUUUGCUGCUUUUUUUUUUUUCUUUAGGGGUGGAGGGCUUAUAUACUACAGGCCUUUUAAUAGCAAAAACUAGUAAACAGCUUGUGGUCAUGGGAAUGAGAAAUAGUGUGUGGAUGAAGGGGGAGGAAGCCAUAGUGUUACGUGGUGUAUACUGCCACCCUGUGGCUGACAAACAGACUAUGAGUUGGAAUCAGAAUCUCUCUAACUCUGUGUUGGGCAUGUUAAUGCAUACUUGUGAUCAAUUUGAUUUUAUGGGGUAUUUAAAUCUAGCAUAGCUUACUAGGGCCUGGCCUUAGCAAAAGUGAAAAUUUAAUUCUAUUUUACAUAUUCUGCUGUUUGCUUAUCCUCCGUGCAUCCAACACCACCACACUUGCAGAGAUUGCUUUCUUAAAAGAAAAUUGCGAGAUAGAUGACCCAAUGCCAUUUUUUGUUAAUACAGUUGAAAAGAAAUUGAAUAAUACAAAUGCAUCGCCCCUGGAUGUCCCUCGUUUUCUACAUAUCUCCAGAAUGUCUUCAGUAAACUAUCUUCAAAGACUUGCAUAUAGUUCAGCUUUCUGUUUUAAGCUAUAUAGUGGAUGGCAGUCCUGCCCAAGAGUAGUUUAUUCAUGAAGGAGGAAAUGGUGAAUUAACGGUUAGCUGCAUCUGGGAUAUGGCUGGGUAAAAUUCAUUCAUGUUAAUUCAUGAAUGAAACUACUCUGCAUAACAUGAAAGACUUAAAGAGCUUUCACUCAUUGCUUUCUGACACUCGAUGUCCUUGUAUGGGUUAGUGGAAAGAAAUGCUUCCUCCUACAGAACAAUAUUUUUAGUUUUGAUGUUUAAUCUGCUCACUGCUGAAUUAUAGAGCAGAAUAAGAUACAGGAAUGUUGAGCUUCUAAUACAAUGGUUCUAGGUGUACUUGUACUUAGAGUGCCUCUAUAAUGGUUUUCUCUGAAAACAUUUGGUAAUUAUUUUUUUAUUUAUAUAGCGCCAUCAGAUUCCGUAGCUCUGUAUAAUGGGUAAUCUGUGUUAUGCACAUAUUUUACAGAUAAAUGUAGCUGUGUAUGAUUGCUGAUGGCUCCACUUACAUCACUGAAAUGUUUCUUGCUAAAUGGGACCUAUGAAUUUCAUGUUUUGAACAGUUUUUUUCCUUUUUUUUUUUCCUGCGUUUUCAGUGUUGAGCCUGCAAGACCUCUGCUGCCGAGCCAUUGUGUCCUGCACCCCAGUACACCUAGUGGACAAACUCCCUCUCCCAGUUGCCUUAAGAAGCCAUUUGAAAUCCUUCUCCAUGGCCAAUGGCCUAAAUGCAAGGAUGAUGCAUGGACGAUCCUAUUCUCUCACUGCCAACAACGCUAACAAGAGAAACAGCCUCAAAAAAGCCAAGAUUAUCCGCCCUCCCCAGAGCCCCCCUAAAAACUGUACCAGAAAUAGCUGCAAGAUCUCGUAGUCACUGGCCAAUGAGAUGCAUAGCUUAAGUCGAUGCAGGGAUGUGGACCCCCCCAUAACGGAGGUGGAUGACGGCAAACACAAUUCCUUAUGUGAUUUAACUUAGGACAAUAAAGGAAAAAAUUUCCAUUUUCCUGGUAACAAUGCUGCUUUGAUAUGGAUCAUUGGACUUGUUCCUAGACGUUUGUGAAACAUUGGUGUGGAGGUUAUUGCUGCGUAUAAAAUGCAUGGAACGUUUUUGUGUUUUGUUUUCUCCCCCCCGCACACCCUAUUUUUUUUUUUUUUUCCUUCAUGUGUGCUUAUAAAGGGAAUUAUUUUUGCAUUACUCAUAGCUUGUAAUGACACCUGCAAUUUGUCACACAUUAUUGUGUGAUACGUGAACACUUUCGUUUUUUUUUUAAUUUUUUUUUUUUUUUUCUGGGAAGGUAAGCGGCUUUGCAGAAUCAUUGCAUUUGUGGCAGGCAGGAACAUUUGUACAGUACCCACUGCCACUGCAGCGUGCACAAAGUGGAGACCGCAAGGUAUUAAUUUAGAGUUUUGCAAUCUUCAGGCACUACAACACUAAAUGCAGACGUGUACAGAGAAUUUAAAUGCACUCACAAUGUGUAAGACUUGUGUAUGAAAACAGGUUAUUUGAUAUAUUUUUUUUUCUUUUCUGAAUUGUUAUUUAAUACUAUUUGGGAUUAAUCAGUGAUUAUAUAUAAUAUAUAUAAAUAUGCUUCUAUUUCUGUAAAUGAACCAUUUUGUACCAGAUGUAAUGAGCGUUGCUGUGUUUUAAAGAAGAAAAAAAAUGCCAAAGAUGUGUUUUUGACAUGUGAGCGAAGGAUUUGUGAGCAGAAUGUGAUUUGAAGAACAGUUUUAUAAGAUAGAGAAUUAUUUAAAAAAUAAAUGUCUUUAAAAUCAUAAGCCUACUUUCUUAAUCCAUGAUAUGCCACAAAUAGAAUUAUCUGUGUUUAAAGGAUCACUAUAGGAUCAGGAACACAAAUGUAUUCCUGACCCUAUAGUGAAACCCACCAUUUAGGCGGCUUGUCCCCCUAUAAAAGUUUUAAACUUUCCUUAUUUCCAGCUUGAUGCGGGUCUGCCGCGCUGGCUCCGCCCCCUUUGUGGCAUCAUCAAAAUGGCUGAUUUUUAGCCCAUCCAAUGAUAGUGCCUCUGAAAAAAGGCAGUGUUUACAUGAAAAUGCCUGAAGGGAGUUAAUAUACUCAUCCCCAAAACAACUACAUUAAAGGGACACAAUAGUGUCAGGAAAACCGUUUGGAACGGUUUUCCUGACACUAUAGUACCCUGAGGGUGCCCCCUCCCGCGGCGCUGAAGGGGUUAAAACCCCUUCAGCUACUCACCAUUUCCCCCCGCCGGGCUCCCUUACCUCUCCUCCCCCGCCGACGUCAGCAUCCUUGUCUGACGUCACCGGCGCCGAAUGCGCACGUGCGGCACUGCCGUGCGCUCAUUCAAAGUGUUCGUAGGAGAGUAUUUUUCAACGCUUUCCUAUGGACGCUCUACGUGAUUAAAGCAUAAAAUGCCUCAAUCUUUGCCGAUGCGCCUCUAGUGGCUGUCCGUAAGACAGCCACUAGAGGCUGGCUUAACCCCAGAUGUAAACAUAGCAGUUUCUCAGAAACUGCUAUGUUUACAUCAGGCAGGGUUAACCCUAGAGGGACCUGACACCCAGACCAUUUCAUUGAGCUGAAGUGGUAUGGGUGACUAUAGUGUCCCUUUAAGCUGUAGUUGUUCUGGUGACUAUAGUGUCCCUUUAAAUAAAGGUCGGGCAUUCCUCUCAUAGUUACAACUCUGAACAUCACAGUAUUUUAAAUUCAAAGGUGAACACUGGGUGAAUUGACCCAUUUAUAUACUCAAUAUUUACCCCUUCAUUGCUGGAGUGAUAAUAUAAAUUUAUCAUAAGGUGUUUUUUGUUAUAAAAAGUAAACAUAAGUACAUCCUAGAAUGUUUACACAGAUCUGAAUUUGUCUUAAUUUAAGCUUUUAUGGAUAUGGACCUUAACUGGAGCCAGUAUUGUCUAUUUAUGUAAGACUUAAAUCUUUAACAGUGAUAAAUUAUGAGUCAAAUGGGUUUAUUUUACCACUAUUGUCACAUGGUACACUUUUUUUUCUUUCUUUUCAUUAAUUACACCCAAUUUCCUUUUAGGAAGUAAUUUAUGUGGAUAAAGAAUAAUAUAAGCACUAUGAAUCAUAUUUUAGUAACUUCUAUAUUGUGAUGUGCUGACAAGGAUUGAAAAAUAGCUGAUAGGAUGAGUGAACUAGUGCUACCUAACACCUGCACUCUGACAUGUGUGGUCAUCCAAAUAGGACAGAAUUAAUACUAAUAAUGUAGAUUCCUAAUCUGGAUCAACAAUUUAUGGGUUUCAAGGCAUUUUCCUUUUUUGGGGAGGGGUGAGGGUUUGGGUUGUUUAAAGGAUAUAUUUUUUCCCUCUUCUCCUUUAUCCAAAUUAUUUAUGGUGUCGGUUCUCCAAAUGUUAUGAUUUCCCCAAAUACAAUUAACAUUGUGUGUUACUUGGAGUAACCGUGCUGGGAUUGAAAACCCUGACAUCUGUAACGUUUCUAAACUAAUUUUAUUUGACGCCCUUUCAAGAAACUUUAGGAUGUAUUCACCAAACACUGAAUUGAAAACUGAACUGGAAAAUGCACACUUAAAAUAGUCGAGCAGUGUUGGAGAAUUUUUUAAAAAUCAGCUAUUUGUGUUGAUGUUUUGAAAUGUGGUUUUCGGUGCAAUUUACUGUUUGUUUUUUUUAGUUAAACAUUGCAAGGCCACCUGUAUAAAAUGUACAGAUGUAUAGGAGGGUCCACUCCAGACUACUGAUCAGAUAUUUGAGGUGAUCAGUUGGCAGAAUAAAGAUAAUUGCAUACCUCCCAACUUUUCAAAUGGUCAAAGAGGG